AUGUUCCUGUCCCUUCUUUAUUUAAAUGCUUAUCUUUUAAUGUCAGACAAGUAAGUACUAUAAGGGAGCGAUAAAUCUCGCUGCUUGCGUGACAAACUGUGUAUAAAUGCUAGCCCUGAAAAUAUACUCACUGAGAACUUGUUAAGCACUCUUUCGUGUCUGUGUCUUAAUUUGCUAAACGAGAAACUCCCGUCAAUUAAUGUGGUGAUCAGAAGUCCAAAGAACUGAGAGUGUCCAGAGAAGUUGUUUAACCCUUUCAUUCUGGCUUUCUUCAUUGUGUCUCAUUCUGUGUCCCUGACCUCGGCAAGUAUUUUGACUUUUCUCUGGUAUGUUAAGUCCAGCCAUUCUAAGGUCCGGUUAGACGUUAUCCUUAGUCUUAGGUGUGAUACUAUUCUGCAUGCUAGAUCAACUAUAUUCCUGACACCAUGAUGCUUUGUCAUUCUCAAUACAUUCUAGAGGCAUGCAAAGCAUCAUGGAAGUUGCAGUUCUGGGGAUUUACCUUUUGGGCACCCCUGUUAUAGAUCAUCAUAGGGGAAGAAAUCUUUCUACAACACCUCCCUGUACACAUGACCCAUGGGGCCCCGGUGCAAAAAUUGAUCCGAGGCCCCCCCCGCGCGCGCUUACUCGGCGCGGGUCGGGGCUGCAUCACAUGGCGGCGGGCACGUGGUCGCAGGGCUGCGACCCCGCAACCGUGGUAUGCUGAACACACACCUAAAGGACCACUACAGACACCCAGAUCACAUCAGCUCAAUGAAGUGGUCUGGGUGCCAGGUCCCUCUAGUUUUAACCCUGCAGCUGAAAACAUAGCUGUUUCAGAGAAACGGCUAUGUUUCACUGAGGGUUAAUCCAGCCUCUGGUGGCUGUCUCAUUGACAGCCGCUAGAGGAGAUUCCGCGAUUCUCACUGUGAAAAUCACAGUGAGAAGACACUGAACGUCCAUAGGAAAGCAUUGAGUAAUGCUUUCCUAUGGGCGGUUUAAAUGUGCGCACGCGCCUCUUGCCGCGCAUGUGCAUUCGGAGCUGAGAGGCGGAGGGAUCCCCAGCGCCAAGGAAGUCCGGCACUGGAGAAAGGUAAAUGCUGAAGACACACACACUCAUGAACAGACGCAUACACACUAGCUAACAGACACACACAUUUACUGACAGAGGCACACUCAGCGACAGACAGACAUACACACUCACUUACAAAACAUACACUUUCACUGACAAACACACACUCACUAACAGACAUCAGACACACUCAGUAACAGACACAUCCAAUAACAGACACACCCAAUAACACCCACACUAACACCCACACUAACACUAACACACACACAAGUGCUUCCUCUUCAGCUCCCUCGCGCGCCACGUAGGAAUGCCGGAGCCGGAAGAUGGAAGCACUUAGGGGAAAGUGCUCCGGUAUCAGUGCGGUGCGCGAGGGAGCGGAAGAGGAAGCACUUAGGGGAAAGUGCUCCCUCGCGCCGGCCACCCAGACAGCCAGCCCGCCCGCUGGGGUCAGCAGGGCCAGCCUCGGGGGGGCCCUGAGGUGGCCGCCUCCUGGGCCCCCCAGGAGAAGAGGCUGGCCCUGUGGGUACAUACCGGGUCGCAGGGUUGGCCGUGCCCCCUUGGUGGGCCAGGCCCGGUCGCAUCCGCGACCCUGGUAUGUACGCCACUGCUGUACGUUAACAAGAGAUGUGACAGGUGCUACACCCAGUGUACACAAUCCUUAUCAAGAUCAGUGGGUAGUCAGCAAACAUGUUCCCUCAUCCUACCUAACGUUAAAUCUAUCUGCAUGGCCUGAUGAAACAGAUUCUUGCUCUUAAGUAAGUAUGUGAGUGCUGGUGGCAAUAUAGACAUUUACAGGACCUACAGCUGUUAAAAUCAAUGCUGGAUACAAUCUGGUUCCCAAUUUUAUUAAAGACACGGAGGCUCAUAUUAUGCAUAACUCUUUCUUUAUUUCCUCAGCAGCAAAGAAAGAGAAAUAUAAAUAUUAUCAAAACUGAAGAAAAAACUGUAUAGGCACAACAGGUAGCCAAUCACAGGGUAUAGGAAGUAGCUAUAUAAGUCUUGUGUCUCCCACAAUCCCCCUCUUUCUUUGCUGCUUCCUCAGACAGAUAAGUGUUUCUCUGAUCUUUGGCUUGCAUUGUGAUUCCAUUUUAAUUUGUAUUACAGUGUGUUUCAUUUUAUGAUUUUUCAUAAAAAAAAAAAAAAAAAACUCAAGGGAUCACGACUUCGCUCCGGUCAUUCAUACGAAUCUCGGAUAACAUUAGACGAGGAGUCCAGGGACGAACUAGCGUGGUGGUUGGCGCACAUGGAGGCAUGGAACGGAAGAGCCAUCUUCGGUUCUGCCCCGGAUGUAGUGAUAGAGUCCGAUGCCAGCUUACACGGCUGGGGCGCUCGUUGUGGCAACGUCUCCACAGGAGGCAGGUGGUCCGACACGGAGAAGUCGUUACACAUCAACUGCCUGGAACUUCUGGCAGGUGCCUUCGCGAUCCGCAGCCUUGCUCCGGGGAGAGCGAAUUGUUGCGUUCUCCUCAAGAUGGACAACGUAUCAGCAGUUCGUUACAUAAAUCACCUGGGGGGCACGAAAUCCAAAAUGUUGGCGCUUCUGGCAAAGGAUUUUUGGCAGUUCUGCCUCUACAACAACGUUUCGGUGACGGCGGAACACAUCCCAGGUCUGGACAAUUCGGGGGCGGAUUGGAAUUCCAGACACUUACGGGACUCCGGAGACUGGCAUCUACAUGCUUCAGUGUUCCAGUGCCUGAACAGGUUGUGGGGCCGGUUCCAGUUGGACCUAUUCGCGUCACGCCUGAACACUCAGCUACCGAGGUUCUACAGUUGGAGGCCGGACCCGGCUGCAAUAGCGACAGAUGCCUUCCUCCAGGAAUGGCCACCGGGUCUGCUGUACGCCUUUCCCCCAUUCAACAUGAUCGCACGCACGAUCUCGAAACUGGUCCGCCACGAUUGUCGGAUGGCUUUGAUCACCCCCCUAUGGAGGUCUCGACCAUGGUUCCCUCGGCUGAUGGAACUGUCCAUAGACUACCCUCGUUUACUUCCGGUAUUCCAAGACCUCCUUCUGGAUCCGGAUGGGAACUCUCACGACCUGGUGUUGCAGCAUCAGCUACCCCUCAUAGCAUGGUUCCUUUCAGGGGACCUUGGGUUAUCCCAGACGUUUCGCAGUCAACUCUCCGACUCCUCGAUAACGCCUGGGCCCCGGGUACACGGACAGUUUACCGACAUUCAUGGAGAUCAUGGUCUGGUUGGUGCAUGGAACGGGCAAUGGAUCCCGUAUCUGCACCUCUGCCUUUGAUUCUUGAGUUCCUCACGUUCCUAUUUGAUUCGGGCAAGGCAUACCGCACGAUCAACCUUUUCCACUCAGCUAUCUCAGCCGGUCACGAAGGUCUAGACGGUUCUCCGGUUGGCAAGCAUCCUUUUGUCUGUCGACUUCUCAAGGGUAUUCGCCUUGCUCGUCCUCCUCGACCUCGUUUUGCCGCCUUUUGGGACGUCAACGUGAUGCUACAGUUCCUAUCAUCAUGGUACCCCAAUUUGGAGCUGACUCUCAAGCAAUUGUCUGCCAAAUUGGUUAUGUUACUAUGCCUGAUUUCUUGCAGAAGAGUCUCUGACGUUCGGGCCCUGGACUGGGACGCCGUUGCAUUCACCCCAGAAGGCGUCACCUUUGACAUUUCCAGGAGGACCAAGUCUGCAUCUAAGUCACUUACAUACCCUAGGUUUUCAGACUGUCCAGCGCUCUGCCCGGUGGAUUGCAUCAAGGACUAUCUGGAUGUUACACGUCCCCUUCGCAUGACAGACCUGCACGAUCUGUUCAUAUCCUUUAAUCGCCUCACCGGCCGGUUUCGACUCCUACUCUAGCACGUUGGGUGCGCUGGCUGCUAUCCUCCGCGGGUAUAGACACCUCAGUAUUUACGCCCCAUUCUGUCAGGGGCGCGAUGGCCUCGAAAGCCUCUUCAGUCGGAUGUCGCCUAGAGGACAUUAUGCGAGCGGCGGAUUGGUCUCGGGAAUCGACCUUCCGAACCUUCUACUUCAGGCCAAUUGAGCACAUCGCAUCUCGUGUGGUGGCACAGCUUUGAACUUGCAUAAUAUGAGCCUCCGUGUCUUUAAUAAAAUUCCCAGAUUUUACUAGUAACAUGACGUAAAGUCAUGAUUUUAUUAAAGACACGGAGGCGAGUAUUAUUCCCUCCCACCCUCCCGGUGUGGAGUUGGGGUACGAGAUGCUUGGUGGCUCUACAGGUAUGUUUUUUCAGUUCGAUCUGUAUCCUAUCAGUUGAUUUGCAUCUUUUGUACGGGUUGUUGUACCUUUAUGCUGUGUACUAAUUCUGUUGUUUUUAUAUUUCAGUACUCUGUUUUACCUGUGUCUCCCCAAGACUAUGUUUGGUAAGUUUGCAGUUCUGAAUUAAGAAAUUACCAUAUUUCUCUAUCUUUUUUAGCUUGAAAUUGUCGCAUCGUUUUCUCGUUACCCUGUUUCGGCCAAGUGGGACAUCGUUCAUCUUACCUGGUCUUCGGUUCGCAAGAAAGAGGGGGAUUGUGGGAGACACAAGACUUAUAUAGCUACUUCCUAUACCCUGUGAUUGGCUACCUGUUGUGCCUAUACAGUUUUUUCUUCAGUUUUGAUAAUAUUUAUAUUUCUCUUUCUUUGCUGCUGAGGAAAUAAAGAAAGAGUUAUGCAUAAUACUCGCCUCCGUGUCUUUAAUAAAAUCAUGACUUUACGUCAUGUUACUAGUAAAAUCUGGGAAUUCUGAUACACUUUAUUGACAAGAAAAUCUAAAGUUCUUGUUGCUUUGUUUGCUUCAUCGGUACUUUCUCAACAGCAAUACUGAAGAUUUGAAGUUGUUCAUUAAAAAGUACUUGAACAACCAAAAACCCUUUGACCUCUUAUAUACCUUAUCUAGCAUGACCAACAUUUUUACCAACCUGACUAUACACUGGUUAUGUACAGUACUAAUUAUGAUACGUAUACAUAAUAUCAUAAUCAAAAGAACACUUAAAAGGUUACUCUAGUGAUUUGAAGUAGGGCAUUUUGUAUGGAAUCUGUAUCUUUAAAUGCUGCACUAACAUAGAUACAGAACUUUGCUGCCAGAGGUUUAACCAGCAGUUGUUACAAGCUGAUGUUCUGGGCUGCCAAUGUCAGUUCAGUACAAAAGAUCUGUCAUCAAGAAGCAUAUCAUGCUGGCGAUAGACAACCAAAGGCGGCACAUCCUACCUUGAUACCAGCCAAGUCCUCCCUCAGCCCAGCCUUUGAGACGUCCCUCACCCUGCAGCGAGGGGGAGUAAAAUUACCGUAGAAAGUUUGGGAUGCUGUCUCAGCAAUAAGAUUGCAGGUGAGGCCUACUUUUAUUUAUUUUUAUUUCAUACAAUCCUAUAAUAUUUGAGAGGACUAAUUCUCCCUAAUUCUGUUAAUUUUGCUAUGAAAACUACAUAGUCUGCUAAAACCACGUUACUCUUACACAUCACAGUUAAAGGAACACUAUAGGGUCAGGAAAACAAACAUGUAUUUCCGAUCCUAUAGUGUUAAAAACACUAUUUAGGUCCCCAGCUCCCUCUUGCCAUCCCUUAUAUAAGAUAAAAACUUACCUUUAUUCCAGCGCCCCAUGGGUCCGACUGUGCUGGCCCUGCCCCCGUUCUGCAUCCUUGGCUGAGAUCAUCAGCAUGGGUUAUAUCAGCCAAUCUAAUGCUUCCCUCUAGAAAAGCAUUGCGAGGCUAAUGCGCACGAUUGGCAAAACACUGCACUGCACCAAUCAGCAUCUCCUCAUUGAAUAAUGCAGAACGUGGAUGCAGCACUGACCCAUGAAGCACCUCUAUUGGCAGUCUCAAUGACUGCCACUGGAGGUGUCCCUAUACAGCUAUACCUUUAUUCCAGCGUCCCAUGGGUCCGCCAGCGCUGGCCCUGCACCCGUUCUGCAUCCUUGGCUGAGAUCAUCAGAAUGGAUGAUAUCAGCCAAUCCAAUGCUUUCCUGUAGAAAAGCAUUGCGAGGAUCGAAGAGCGUGGAUGCAGCACUGACCCAUGAAGCACCUCUAUUGGCCGUCUGAGUGACUGCCACUGGAGGUGUCCCUAUGCGGCAAUGUAAACACUGCCUUUUCUCUGAAAAGGCAGUGAUACAUGAAAAUGUCUGCAUUGACAUAUAGACACACAAAAACAAAUACAUUAAAGGACCACUCUAGGCACCCAGACCACUUCAGCUUAAUGAAGUGGUCUGGGUGACAGGUCCUUCUAGGAUUAACCUUUUUUUUUUUUUAUAAACAUAGCAGUUUCAGAGAAACUGCUAUGUUUAUAAUAGGGUUAAUCCAGCCUCUAAAGCCUCUAGUGGCUGUCUCACUGACAGCCGCUAGAGGCUUUGCGUGCUUCUCAUGCGUGCUGAAAAUCACAGUGAGAAGACACAAGCGUCCAUAGGAAAGCAUUGUAAAUACUUUCCUAUGAGACUGGCUGAAUGCGCGCGCAGCUCCUGCUGCACAUGCGCAUUCAGCCGAAGAGGAGGAGAGGAGGAGGAGAGCUCCCUGCCCGUCACUGGAAAAAAGGUAAGAUUUAACCCUUUCCUCGCCAUCCAGCUUGGCGGAAGUGGGACCCUGACGGUGUGGGCACCCUCAGGGCACUAUAGUGCCAGGAAAACGAGUAUGUUUUCCUGGCACUAUAGUGGUCCUUUAAGCUGUAGUUGUUCUGGUGAGUAAAGUGUCCCUUUAAUACUUUGCAUCAAGUAUUCAAACUACAUCAAGUAUAUAAUGUAAACUUUCUUACAGCAAAUAUUUGCAUUUGAGUCAUAUGAUUUGUGAUAGAGAAAAAUGUGUAAAAUGAAUGAGACAAAGGAAUUAUAUGCAGUCUCAAAAAACAUGCUACUCGGUUGUGUAGCAAAGGGGGAGGGAGGGGGAGAAUUGUCAUUAGGUGCCGUUUUUGAUGGGGUGCCAAAGGGCUGGCAUAUUUGCACUGGCAACAGUAGAAAGGAAUUGCAGGGUAGUAUUGCAGAAUCUGUCUCUGGUAAUGCUCCCUCAAGAUUCUUGGAGCUGUGGCACAUAAUGCAUAUUUAAUUAUUCAUACAGUGAUCGUUAGAGGCUGCAACAGCCUUAAAGGACCACUAUAGUGCCAGGAAAACAUACUCGUUUUCCUGGCACUAUAGCGCCCUGAGGGUGCCCCCACCCUCAGGGUCCCACUCCCAUGGCACUGAAGGGGGAGGAAGGGGUUAGUCCCUUACCUUUUUUCCAGCGCCGGGCUCCCUCGGCACUGGGACUCUCCUCCCUCUUCUGACGUCCCUGCUUUCCUAUGGAUGCUGGCGUCUUCUCACUGUGAAACUCACAGUGAGAAGCGCGGAAGCGCCUCUAGCGGCUGUCAAUGAGACAGCCACUACAGGCUGGAUUAACCCAUAGGUAAACCCAUAGGUAAACAUAGCAGUUUCUUUGAAACUGCUAUGUUUACAGCAAAAAAGGUUAAACCUAGCUAGACCUGGCACCCAGACCACUUCAUUAAGCUGAAGUGGUCUGGGUGCCUAUAGUGGUCCUUUAAUGGUCAAUUGGGUGGGUCGGGGUUAUAUAUUUGGGAAGACUCACAAAUCAAUAUUUUAGCAGUGCAGAAUCUCACUGCAAAUGUUAAGUCCUAACAUCCAACUGCUGGUCAGGAUAUUAAAUCAACAGGAUUAUUCAAUAAAGUGAUCAUUUAAAGUGAAUUUAAAAUUUAAGGUCAAAAUAGCCAAACCAGAAAUAUGCUCUAAUUCAGCUAUGCUUCCAGUUCAGCUACUUUAGCCUUAAAAGGACAUUAUAGUCACCAGAACAACUACAGAUUAAUGUGGUUGUUUUGGUGUCUACUGCCUGUCCCUGCAGGCUUUUUAAUGUAAAUACUGCAUUUUCAGAGAAAAGGUAGUGUUUACAUUACUGCCUAGGAACACCUGUAGUGGUAGUCCCUUAGAUGGCCACUAGUGGUGCUUCCUGGGUCAGUGCUCCUUUAAAUUUAAAAUAAAUUGUGCAAGCUUUUAAUGUGCACAAUUUAUUCUAUCCCCUACCCAUUAGAGACAUUACGCUGGACCAGUUUGAAUGGUUUAAUAAAUAGGCAGUCUUUACGCCUACCACAUUGAGAAACACCUUUAGGUGCUCUUAGCCAAGUUGAAGGUGCUAAAAGAUGUCUGGGCGCCUGGCAGUGAUUUUAGAAAUUAAAGAAUAAACAGUCAGAAUAGACCAUUAAUUCUUCAUAAUUGGUAAAAUCUUAUUUCAUCCUUUGUUAUAUGUGGCAAUGCGAUGAAAAAGUUGUUUGUUAAUUAUUAUGUAUUUCAUAACAAUUGACAUUCUCGUGUGGCUUUAUAUAUUUCUGGUGGUUUAGACUAGUUGACAUAUAUUUAGGGGAUAUACGUAAUUCUGUCACCACUUUUUUCAUGUGUUCUUUAUAUAUUUAGAUUUGACAGGACUGCCCUCUAGUGGCAUAAAGGAAGAAUACGGGUUAGAGACAAUUGCAGUAAUUUUUAAAUACUACAUACUGCGGCUAAUAGGCCCGCGGUGGCAAAAAUAUAGAAUAUCAGCUAUAAGAAUUAGAAAGAUUUGGAUACAUAGUAGAGGUUUUUUUUUACUACAGUGGGAAUUCAACAUGAAGUUCAAAUUUAAGGCCACAGUAGCUGAAAUGGACUUAAAUUUGAAAUUCACUUUAUGGUUUAAAUUAAGAUAAAAAGUAGCCUAGGCUCAAAUAAUAUGACAUGGUUUUAGCAGACUGAUACAUAUGAAAGGUUUUUCUCUUUCCCUUACUUUCUAUUGUAGUAGUGUGAACCAGCUGGUAAAUAUACAGGUGAUAGAUUAAACUCUAAUAUAUACAGACGGUCAGGGUGUAAUUAGGGAACAGCUGAAUAUCUUGUCUUAUAACUCCUUACAUACUUAGGAUGAUAGGACUGCCCUCCCACAGCCGGAAUUAAGAAUAUCUAUGACAGCGUAUGAGAGGAAAUUUGUUAUACAAUUAGGAUAUCAACUUUAAUUUCUUUUAUUCCAAUGUAUUGAACUGGCAGACUCUGAAACCCAUUCCAUGAAGCACCCGCCGCCCAGUUUUUGUGCUAAAAUAUUUAUGCCAGUGGAAGUCUAGAACUCUUCAGAUAUGGAAUCAGUAGAGCGUUGGUGAUUUUACACACCAUGUUCCUCAGCACUGUGAUUUUACGUGGUCUUCUGCUCGUGGCUGAGUUGCUGCUGUUCCUAAAUGCUUCCACUGUCCAGUAAUACCACUUACAGUUGACCGUGGAAUAUAAAGCAGGGAUUAAAUUUCACAAACUGACUAAUUGCAAAGGUGGUAUCGUAUCACAGUACCAUGCUUAAAUUUACUGAGGUGGCAUCCUAUCACAGUACCACGCUUGAAUUCACUGAGGUGGUAUCCUGUCACGUUACCAUGCUUGAAUUUGCUGAGGUGGUAUCCUAUCAUGGUACCAUGUUUAAAUUUACUGAGGUGGCAUCCUAUCACAGUACUAUGUUAGAAUUUACUGAAGUGGUAUCCUAUCACGGUACCAUGCCUGAAUUUACUGAGGUGGUAUCCUAUCACGGUACCAUGCUUGAAUUUACUGAGGUGGUAUUCUAUCACGGUACCAUGCUUAAAUUUAUUGAGGUGGCACCCUAUCACAGUACCACGCUUGAAUUCACUGAGGUGGUAUCCUAUCACGGUACCACACGUGAAUUUACUGAAGUGGUAUCCUAUCACAAUACCAUGCUUAAAUUUACUGAGGUGGCAUUCUACCACAUUAUCAUGCUUGAAUUUAGUGAGGUGGUAUCCUAUAUAAUGUUUAAAUUUACUGAGGUGGCAUCCUAUCACAGUAUCAUGCUUGAAUUUACUGAGGUGGUAUCCUAUCACAGUAUCAUGUUUGCAUUUACUGAGGUGGUAUCCUAUCACGGUACCAUACUUGAAUUCACUGAGGUAGUAUCCUAUCACGGUACCAUGCUUGAAUUUACCGAGGUGGCAUCCUAUCACAGUACCAUGCUUGAAUUCACUGAGGUGGUAUCCUAUCACGGAGCCAUAUUAAAAUUUGCUGAGGUGGUAUCCUCUCACGUUACCAUGCUUGAUUUUACUGUGGUGGUAUCCUAUCAUGGUACCAUGUUUAAAUUUACUGAGGUGGCAUCCUAUCACAGUACUAUGUUAGAAUUUACUGAAGUGGUAUCCUAUCACGGUACCAUGUUUAAAUUUACUGAGGUGGCAUCCUAUCACAGUACUAUGUUAGAAUUUACUGAGGUGGCAUCCUAUCACAGUACCAUGCUUGGAUUUACUGAGGUGGUAUCCUAUCACGGUACCAUGCUUGAAUAUACUGAGCUGGUAUCCUAUGACAGUACAAUGCUUAAAUUUACUGAGGUGGCAUCCUAUCACAGUAUCAUGCUUGAAUUUACUGAGGUGGCAUCCUAUCACAGUAUAAUGCUUGAACUUACUGAGGUGGUAUCCUAUCACAGUAUCAUGUUUGCAUUUACUGAGGUGGUAUCCUAUCACAGUACCAUGCUUGAAUUCACUGAGGUGGUAUCCUAUCACGGAGCCAUGUUAAAAUUUACUGAGGUGGUAUCCUGUCACAGUACCACGCUUGAAUCCACUGAGGUGAUAUCCUAUCACAGUACCAUGCUUGAAUUCACUGAGGUGGUAUCCUAUCACGGUACCAUGUUUGAAUUUACUGAGGUGGCAUCCUAUCAGAGUACAAUGCUUAAAUUUACUGAGGUGGUAUCGUAUCAUGGUACCACACGUGAAUUUACUGAAGUGGUAUCCUAUCACAGUACCAUGCUUAAAUUUACUGAGGUGGCAUCCUAUCACAGUAUCAUGCUUGAAUUUACUGAGGUGGUAUCCUAUUACAGUACCAUGCUUGAAUUUACUGAGGUGGUAUCCUAUCACAGUAUCAUGUUUGCAUUUACUGAGGUGGUAUCCUUUCACGGUACCAUACUUGAAUUCUCUGAGGUGGCAUCCUAUCACAGUAUAAAGUUUGCAUUUACUGAGGUGGUAUCCUAUCACAGUACCAUGCUUGAAUUUACUGAGGUGGCAUCCUAUCACAGUACCAUGCAUGAAUUCACUGAGGUGGCAUCCUAUCACAUUACCAUGCUUGAAUACACUGAGGUGGUAUCCUAUCACUGUACCAUGCUUGAAUUUAUUGAGGUGGUAUCCUAUCACAGUACCAUGCUUGAACUUACUGAGGUGGCAUGCUAUCACAGUAUCAAGUUUGCAUUUACUGAGGUGGUAUCCUAUCACAGUACCAUGCUUGAAUUUACUGAGGUGGCAUCCUAUCACAGUACCAUGCUUGAAUUUACUGAGGUGGUAUCCUAUCACAGUAUCAAGUUUGCAUUUACUGAGGUGGUAUCCUAUCACGGUACCAUACUUGAAUUCACUGAGGUAGUAUCAUAUCACGGUACCAUGCUUGAAUUUAGUGAGGUGGCAUCCUAUUACAGUAUCAUGUUUGCAUUUACUGAGGUGGUAUCCUAUCACAGUAUCAUGUUUGCAUUUACUGAGGUGGUAUCCUAUCACAGUACCAUGCUUGAAUUCACUGAGGUGGUAUCCUAUCACGGAGCCAUGUUAAAAUUUACUGAGGUGGUAUUCUGUCACAGUACCAUGCUUGAAUCCACUGAGGUGAUAUCCUAUCACAGUACCACGCUUGAAUCCACUGAGGUGGUAUCCUAUCACAGUACCAUGCUUGAAUUCACUGAGGUGGUAUCCUUUCACGGUACCAUGCUUGAAUUUACUGAGGUGGCAUCCUAUCACAGUACCACGCUUGAAUCCACUGAGGUGGUAUCCUAUCACAGUACCAUGUUUGAAUUUACUGAGGUGGCAUCCUAUCACGGUAUCAUGCUUAAAUUUACUGAGGUGGCAUCCUAUCACAGUACCACGCUUGAAUCCACUGAGGUGGUAUCCUAUCACAGUACCAUGCUUGAAUUCACUGAGGUGGUAUCCUAUCACGGUACCAUGCUUGAAUUUACUGAGGUGGCAUCCUAUCAGAGUACAAUGCUUAAAUUUACUGAGGUGGUAUCCUAUCAUGGUACUACACAUGAAUUUACUGAAGUGGUAUCCUAUCACAGUACCAUGCUUAAAUUUACUGAGGUGGCAUCCUAUCACAGUAUCAUGCUUGAAUUUACUGAGGUGGUAUCCUAUUACAGUACCAUGCUUGAAUUUACUGAGGUGGUAUCCUAUCACAGUAUCAAGUUUGCAUUUACUGAGGUGGUAUCCUAUCACAGUACCAUGCUUGAAUUUACUGAGGUGGCAUCCUAUCACAGUACCAUGCUUGAAUUCACUGAGGUGGCAUCCUAUCACAUUACCAUGCUUGAAUUCACUGAGGUGGUAUCCUAUCACUGUACCAUGCUUGAAUUUAUUGAGGUGGUAUCUUAUCACAGUACCAUGCUUGAAUUUACUGAGGUGGCAUCCUAUCACAUUACCAUGCUUGAAUUCACUGAGGUGGUAUCCUAUCACUGUACCAUGCUUGAAUUUACUGAGGUGGCAUCCUAUCACAGUAUCAAGUUUGCAUUUACUGAGGUGGUAUCCUAUCACAGUACCAUGCUUGAAUUUACUGAGGUGGCAUCCUAUCACAGUACCAUGCUUGAAUUCACUGAGGUGGCAUCCUAUCACAUUACCAUGCUUGAAUUCACUGAGGUGGUAUCCUAUCACAGUACCAUGCUUGAAUUUACUGAGGUGGCAUCCUAUCACAGUACCAUGCUUGAAUUCACUGAGGUGGCAUCCUAUCACAUUACCAUGCUUGAAUUCACUGAGGUGGUAUCCUAUCACUGUACCAUGCUUGAAUUUACUGAGGUGGCAUCCUAUCACAUUACCAUGCUUGAAUUCACUGAGGUGGUAUCCUAUCACUGUACCAUGCUUGAAUUUAUUGAGGUGGUAUCCUAUCACAGUACCAUGCUUGAAUUUACUUAGGAUUUUAGAACAACCCAAUUUUGCCACAAAUGUUUGUAAAUGCAGACUGCAUAGCUAGGUGCUUGAUUUUAUACAACUUUGGCAAUGGGAAUGAUUGAAAAACCUGUAGUCAAUAAUUAGAAGGUGUGUAAGAUCUUGUUGGAAUAAUCGUCACUGUUAAAUCUUCUUAAUUUCUUCUUGUCUUCAGUUGAUUGAUAUAUAUACACGUCUUUUGUAUAUAUAGUCUUGGGCCAAAUGCUCGCCACAAUAAUAUAUGUCUGUAUUAUUGAAAAGUACUAAUACGCAAUCUGACUUACGGUUUCUUCAGGUUUCUUCUUUGUUACGGAUACAUAAUAAAACAACAAAUGAUGUUACAGGAUAAUGGACAUUCAACAGCAGAUGGUAAUUGCUGGACUUCUUUAAAUCCUUACAUCUUUACAUCGAGAGAGAGCCAGAGCCAAGACCAAGACCGAGACCGAGCCAAGACAGAGCGACCUUGUGUCCCUCUGUUACUAUAAAGAUGUGCUAAUACUAACAUCAGCAUUUAACUCUAGCCAUAUAAGGACAAAACCCCCACAUCCACAUUCGAGAGCUCUCGGACAAAGAAAGCCUUGUGACUAAUACCAUCUGUUACUUAUGUCAAUCCACACAUCCAUAUAUAUAAUCAAUAGAAACAUAGAAUAUGCAAUAUUCUACAAGGUGUAUCCCAAUACUUUUGUCCAGUGUAUAGUGUAUGUAGCAUGAAGCGUAAUAGUCUGACAUGCAGCAAUGCAAGACAGAUAUUCUACUAUCUACUUAGGAGCUUCUGGCUCUUUGGUUGAUAUAGCAGAGGCAUGUAGCGGUGCCUGGCGGACCUCCGGUAAGAAGUCAAGCUAUUCUAAAACAUUUGGGGGACGCCAUGGCACUCUGGGCAAAAUAUGACUAUAAUGCGCUGCAGUGGUUGUGGUGCUUGGAUUGUUCCUUUAAAAUUGAGACAUGACCAUUCUGUCAGCUCAACCAACAUAAUAACUACUAUCUAGCACAGCAAACCUGGUAUAGUUCUAAAGAUUAUAUCUUCAGCCUCUUGGACUCUUUCUGAAAAUGUAUUAAUUUGUCAUUUGAAAAUUUAUCAAUUUGUCAUUUGAAAAUGUAUCAAUCUGUUUCAAUUUAUACAACGUAAUCAAGAAAUAUAAAAUACAAAAAGAGAGUACAAAUCACACUAUGCAAUGAAUAAUGCUUUCCUAUGGGGAAAUCCUAAUGCGAGCGCGCAUGCGCAUUAAGUCUCCCGCGUCAGAGGAUGUCGGCUGUGCAAGAGCGUGGGUGGAACUGAGCCAGUACUUGACAAACCGUUUUCCUGGCACUGCAGGUCCCCUCUCCCUCCCACCCCCCAUCGCAUGUUGCUGAAGGGGUUAAAACCCCUCCAGUGACUUACCUGUAGCCAGCACUGAUGUCCCUCAGUGCUGGUUCAGGGUCCGCCCACGCUCCUUUCCCGCCGGCGGGGGAGACCUAUUGCACAUGCGUGGCUGCCGGCGGGGGAGACCUAAUGCGCAUGCUCGGCAAUGCCGCGCACACACAUUAGACCUCCCCACAGGAAAGCAUUGAAAAAUGCUUUUAAUGCUUUCCUAUGGGGAUUUCAGCGACACUGGAGGUCCUCACAUAGCGUAAGGAUGUCCAGCGCACGCUAUAGCACACGAAAUGUGUGCUAUAAACCCGGAAGUGCCCUCUAUUGGCUGUCUAGUAGACAGUCACUAGAGGAGUAGUUAACCCUGCAAGGUAAAUAUUGCAGUUCAUGAAAACUGCAAUAUUUACAGUUGCAGGGUUAAGGGUAGUGGGAGUUGGCACCCAGACCACUCCAAUGGGCAGAAGUGUCCUUUAAUAUAUUGCUAGAAAAUGAAAUUCCACCCUGGGCCAGCCUUUGGGGUGUGCAAACUCUGCAGUUGCACUGUGAUUUUACCCACCUUUUCUCCAAUGCUGUGCCAGUGUCGUUGAGGCUUGCCCCACCCUGGUCUUGCUGCGGCUGGCCCUGCCCUGAGUCAGAUAUCAGCAAAUGUUAGAUGCUGAACAUCAGUGCUGAGCAUGCAGCACUGACCUAGGAAGCACCUCUAGUGGCCAUCUGAUUGACUGCUACUAGAGGUGUUACUAGGCAGUGAUGUAAACACUGCCUUUUCACCAAAGCUUUCUCUAUUAACCCCUUAACGCCGUUACGGCGUUCUAUGCCGUCCCCAUUUAAAUGCUUUAAAUGCUUUAAAGCCGUUGCGGCGGCAUAGAACGCUGUAACGGCUUUCUGUCCCAGGAGCUUGGCGGUAUUUACCUCUGCCGCGAUCCUUUACUGGAGGACUGCCUGACAGCCCUGCCCCAGCAAAUCAGGCCCCCGGGGGCCAUGUGAUCGCUCUCAAAGAGCGAUCACAUGGCCCCCAAUAGCUGGCUGUGGAUCUGCCAGCAGGGGUACUGUCUCAAAUGUCAGACAGUCGCCCUGCUGGUGGGUAGUAUUAAAAAUAAAAAAUAAAUGACACAUGCUAAAAUAAAUUACAAGUAUAUAUAUAUAUAUAUAUAUAUAUAUAUAUUUAUAUAAUAUAUAUACAUCUUAUAUAUAUGUAACGUCAUACAUAGUGUACACGUAUAAUUAUAAUUUUAACUAAAUAAUAAAAUAACAUAUUUUAAAAAAAAAUUUAAGAAAUUAUAUAUACAUAUGUAAUUUCAUUCUAACUGUAUUUUAUUAUAUAUAAUAUAUUAUAUAUAUAUAUAUUGGUAACAAAAUACACUUAGAAUGACAUUCUAUAUCUAUCUAUAUAUAAAAUACAAUUAACCGCAAAUAUAUAUAUACAGAUAAAUAUAUAUAAUUACAUAAAUAACUACAUAAGUGUGCACGUAGACUUUAAAUACAUAUAUAUGUAUAUAUAUUAAAAUUCUACGUGUGUAUUUAAGUAAUAUAUUAACAUAAUUAUGUGAUUUAAUUAAUUAAAAUUUAAUUGACAUGCCUGACAACCCACGCAGAAAGUGCAGAGAAUUUGAAUUGCAAGCACUAUAUUUAACCCUGUAACUUUCCAAGACACCAUAAAACCUGUACAUGGGGGGUACUGUUUUACUCUGGAGACUUCGCUGAACACAAAUAUUAGUGUUUCAAAAUGGUAACUUGUAUUACAACAAUGAUAUUUUUAGUAAAAGUGAAGUUUUUUGCAUUUUUCACACGAACGGCACUUUUACUGAUGGUAUUAUUGUUGUAACAUGUUUUACUGUUUUAAAACACCUUUUUUGUGUUCAAUGAAUUCUCCCAAGUAUAACAGUACCCAUGUACAGUUUUUAUGGUGUUUUGGAAAGUUAGAGAGUCAAAUAUAAGGCUUGCAUUUUAUUUUUUUCAAAUUCAAAUUUGCCAGAUUGGUUAUGUUGCCUUUUGAGACCAUAUGGUCAGGGCCGUCUUUAACGCGGGGCAAACGGGGCAGCUGCCCCGGGCCCAGUUACUCUUGGGAGGCCCAAGGCAGCUUCCCCGUGGGCCCCGCUGCCCUCAACAAUUGUUUCUCCCAUGGGGCCGCCGGCCCCCACAUUAAGCAGGCCACCGGGUGGGUAUUGUAAGCAGGGGCCCGGUCACACACUGUAGUACUUUAACAGCGCGACCGGGCCCUUUGCUUUUCGGCAGCGCUGGGAGGAAGAAGUGACGGCUGCGAGUCACUUCCUCCCACUAAGGAGAGGAGCCGCGCGGGAGACGAAGGAGGGACCCUUGCCAGGAUAGGCAGAUCCCAACAACCUUCAGUCUGGACACCUGGGGAACCACCUUCCAAGGUAGGAAACUUGUGGGUGGGUUUAAAAGUGUAAAUUUAUGUCAGUAUGUCUGUCAGUGUAUGUUUAUGUCAGUAUGUCUGUCAGUGUAUGUGUUUGUGUCAGUAUGUCUGUCAGUGUAUGUUUAUGUCAGUAUGUCUGUCAGUGUAUGUGUUUAUGUCAGUAUGUCUGUCAUUGUAUGUUUAUGUCAGUAUGUCUGUCUGUGUUUGUGUCAGUAUGUCUUUCAGUGUAUGUUUGUCAGUAUGUUUGUCAGUGUAUGUUUGUGUCAGUAUGUCUGUCAGUGUAUGUGUUUGUGUCAGUAUGUCUGUCAUUGUAUGUUUAUGUCAGUAUGUCUGUCUGUGUUUGUGUCAGUAUGUCUUUUAGUGUAUGUUUGUCAGUAUGUCUGUCAUGUCAGUAUGUCUGUCUGUGUCUGUGUUUGUGUCAGUAUGUCUGUCAUUGUAUGUUUAUGUCAGUAUGUCUGUCUGUGUUUGUGUCAGUAUGUCUUUCAGUGUAUGUUUGUCAGUAUGUCUGUCAGUGUAUGUUUAUGUCAGUAUGUCUGUCAGUGUAUGUGUUUGUGUCAGUAUGUAUGUCAGUGUAUGUUUAUGUCAGUAUGUCUGUCUGUGUUUGUGUCAGUAUGUCUUUCAGUGUAUGUUUGUCAGUAUGUCUGUCAGUGUAUGUUUAUGUCAGUAUGUCUGUUAGUGUAUGUGCCUGUGCUUGUGUCAGUAUGUCUGUCGGUGUAUGUGACAGUAUGUCUGUCUGUGUAUGUCAGUAUGUCUGUUAUUGUAUGUGUCUGUGUAUGUCAGUAUGUCUGUUAUUGUAUGUGUCUGUAUGUGUGUCAGUAUGUCUGUCAUUGUAUGUCUUUGUGUAUGUGUGUCAGUAUAUGUGUCUGCAUAUGUCAGUAUGUCUGUAGUGUAUGUUUCUGUGUGUGUGUCAGUAUGUCUGUCAAUAUGUGUCUGUCAGUGUGUGUGUCAGCGUGUGUGUCAGUAUGUCUGUCAGUGUAUGUCUCUGUGUAUGUGUGUUAGUAUGUCUGGCAGGGAGCAGAGUCCAGGGGCCCCAAGCAAAAGGUUGCCCAGUGUCCGGUCAAUAUUAAAGACGGCCCUGCAUAUGGUAGCCCAGGAAUAAGAAUUACCCCCAUGAUGGCAUACCAUUUGCAAAAGUAGACAACCCAAGGUAUUGCAAAUGGGGUUUGUCCAGUAAUUUUAUGUAGCCACCUAGUCACAAACACUGGCCAAAUAUUUGUUUUUUGCUUUUUCACACAAAAACAAAUAUGAAUGCUAACUUUGGCCAGUGUUUGUGACUAAAUGGCUACUACAAAAGACUGGACAUACCCCACUUUCAAUACCUUGGGUAGUCUACUUCUGCAAAUGGUAUGCCAUCAUGGGGUUAAAUCUCAUUCCUGGGCUACCACAUGGUCUCAAAGGUAACAUUACUAAUCUGGCAAAUUUCAAUUUGAAGAAACAGAAAAAUGUAAUGUGCUAUAUUUGACCCUUUAAAGGGACACCGUAGGCACCCAGAUCACUUCUGCCCCCUGGAGUGGUCUGGGUGCCAACUCCCACUACUCUUAACCCUGCAAGUGUAAUUAUUGCAGUUUUUUAUAAACUGCAAUAAUUACCUUGCAGGAUUAAAUCCACCUCCAGUGGCUGUCUACUAGACAGCUACUACAGGGCACAUCCUGGAUUAUAGCACAGAAAACCUGUGCUAGAGCGUCGCUGGACGUCCUCACGCUGUGUGAGGACCUCCAGCGUCACUCAAUUCCCCAUAGGAAAGCAUUGAAAGCAUUUUCAAUGCUUUCCUAUGGAGAGCUGUAAUGCGCAUGCGCGGCCGGUUUCCUCAGCCGGCGGGCAGGAUCAGUCACGCCCACCGGCUGAUGUAAUCGCUGGGAGUAUCGGCGGCAAGCAGAAACCACUGCCGACGGACUUCGUCAGGGUCUCAGGUGAGUUUUCACCCCUUCAGCUACCGGGGAUGGGGGGUGGGAGGGAGAGGGGAGUUUCCCUUUAACGUUCCAAAACACAGUAAAAACUGUUAAUGGGGGCUACUGUUCUACUCGUGAGACUUUGCAGAAUCCAAAUAUGUGCUUGUUUUGCAGUAAAAGCUAACAGUAUUACGUGAGGCGGAACUACAAUUUGUUUUUAAAAUCUUAAUUUCUCUGUUUUUUUAUUUUAUUCAUAAGUUAUGUUUCAUAUAUGAAUAGUUCAUGAGAAAUUAAAGCCCUGUUUCUCCUGAGCAAAAUUAUAUAUAAUAAGUGUGGGUGCACUUAAUGUGACAGCGGUGAAUUACGGUUGAACAGACACAUAGCGCAAGUUCCAGUUUUUGUUUACAUUUUGUUUUGAUCAGAAUGUGUACUAUUGACUCCGGCCUGAAGGGGUUAAGCUGUAGUUGUUUUGAUUAUUAUAGUCCCUUUAAGUACCCUGGCAGGCAGAGCAGUAAGAGCGUGAGAGUCUUCCUGACACCAAGCAUUUUCUCUCUGAUGCUAGGUGCUGUGUGUGCACCAUUAGUGACGCUUCUUGUUAUAGCCCCACCCCCUCCACAGAGCACCUGACUGAAGAGUCUUGACAGAGCAUGCAGGGUCUCAGGAGGAUUCUUACUCCUAUCGUGCUCGGCCAGGCAUCAAAAGCUGGGGAGAUGGAGGCACAGGUGAGAACAUACAUAAUGAGGGGCAUGUACACAACAUGGAAAUAAGAGUGGCCAUGGACUCAGAUGGGGACAUCUUCACAUGGGAUGGACGUAAGAGUCAUGGAGGAACAUGGACACAUUGCAGGAACAUGAGGACAUUUGCACUGGAGGUAAUGGAGAUAUAAACACCAGAGUUAUAAGGAUAAAGGCAAAAGAGGUGCAUGGAAACAAUGGGAUACAUGGACAUGUUUACAUAAUGGGGGAUGAAGCAUAUGGGGGGUUGGCAGAGGAGAAAAGAGGGAAUAUGAGGAUAUGGACACAUAGUGGGAAGGGAGUAUAUAAGGAGAGGGAUGCAAUUGGGGUAGGGAGGAUAUGUGCAGGGGACACAAGUGGGGGAUACAGGAAGUGGAACAUCAGUGGGGGAAGGGGGCAUGGAGAAUGAGCUAGGGCAGCAGUUUGAGGGAGAUAACUUGGGAAGUGACAUAUGAAUUGGAGGCAGAGGGAAGUUUCCUUCUAUAAGUUUUUAAUGAAUGUGAGAGACAUUAUUACUUCUCGGGGGUGGCCGUAUUUAUGAGGCAUAGUUUGUCAUGUUUGCCUAAAGUUUCACAAAAUCUAGUGCCGCCACUGCUCUUGAGCUCUGGUCAAUGAGAGUGUUGACCCACUAUACACACAGUGGACCCUCUAAAUAUUCACACAGUACACACACAAUACAACCUCUCCACUUCUACACACCAUACCCCCAUGCACACACUACAGCCCGUAUACACACACUAUACUCCCUAAACACUACAGCCCCCAUAAAAAUACAACAGUGCCGCCAUCAGGGGGUGACAACCAUGACGCCCGUGCCCCAAAUGUAGCAGCGGAACUGCUGCCGGUGCAGUUCCACUGAGGCACGCACGCUGAUGGGGCCUAUAGGGUGGCCCACACACUUAGGACCACUCAAUGGGUCCUAUAUCUUCAGGGGCCCGGUCAGCGCUGUGGGCGUGGUAUAGCGCGACCGGACCCCUUUUAAAAAAACAAAAAACGUAGCCACAGCAAGUGCUGCUGGGAGGAAGUGGUCACUUCCUCCCAGCUCACUCCGCGCGGGAGGACCGCAAGCCAGGCAGUGAGGGAGAGCCGUGCCGACUACUCCCAUCAGCCCCAGCCACCCUCCUGCAAAGAAAAGGUAAGAGACAGGAAGGUGGCUGGAAAAUGAGCUCUCUGUGUGUGUGUAUGUCUGUAUGUCAUUAUGAAUGUAUGUCUAUAUGUAUGUUAUUAUGUAUGUCAUUAUGAAUGUCUGUAUGCAUGUAUGUAUGUAUGUAUGUCAUUAUGUAUGUAUGUUUUGGGUUUUCACCUUUUUCUAUACUAAAGAAGGAGGAAUUUGGGGGAGGGUCUAAUCGAUUUAAAUUUCACAUGUAUGCCUUCCUUUCCCGAUCCAUAAUAAAGGAUAUCCCAGUCGUAGAGCACUGCACUGUAAUGUUUGGCAGAUUUGACCCUUUUUCGGCCGAAAUGGGAUAGGCCCAUUUUCGGCCAGAAAUGUCGGUGAAUCCCUAGUUGCUAUAGCAAUACUGCAGCUUUAUAGAACCUGGCUAACCAACUUCCAUUUCUCUGAAAGCUUUUGAGUAAAAAGAAGAGUAUUGUGAACUGGAAAACUUUUUCACCUAUUUUAAUGUUGAAUUUCUCUUUAUUGAAAUAAUUUUAUAUUCAUAUAUACAUUUGAUUAAUUUUGGUUGACAUUAGUAUCAAAAGUUAAAUUACAGAUAACAUACUUCACGUACAUAACAAACAGUCAUCGGUUAUUGGUUGGUAUCUUUACAAGUAAAAAAAAAAGAAAAAUUAAAUACGUGUUAUUUGCUCAGAUCGAGGAAAUUAUUAUUGGACUAAGUCUUUGAUCCUUUUGAUCCAUUUAUCAUAAUGAUGUAUACAUUUACAAUUAUUGUUUGAAUAUGCGACUCCUCUCUCCAUCUCAAGCUGAAAUAUAAGUUGGGCUUUAAACUUCCAUAAUUUGAGUUAUUGUUUUUUUCCAAGUUCUUACAAUUAAUACUUUUGUCGCCAUAAAGGCAUGGAUAAUCAGUAUUAGAUGGUCUCGUCGAAGUUUGCCCUAAUUAAGAUGGAGUAGACCAACUACUGGGGAUUUUUUAACCUUUAUAUUUAAAAGCAAUAAAAAAGAGUCCCAAAAGGUACUUAUUUUUGGGCAGCUCCACCAAAUAUGUAACAUAUUUCCUUCUUGUGUAAGACAUCUCCAACAUAGAGGAGAAUUGGACAUGGUUAUCUUAGCCAUCCUUGUUGGGACUAGAUACCACCUAUGGAGUACUUUAAAAAAAAAGUUUCAAUUAGAUUUAAACAGUGUGUGUGCUUUUUAAGUAGUCUUGUCACGGCAAGGGUGUAUAAUUUAUUAUUACACUAUGGAAUAUCAUCUUUUAAUGUAAUUUGUGUAGUAAAUGGCACAAAUUACAGAGAUGCUAUUGCUGAGGUCAACAGGGGUUACAUCUUUUGAAGCUGGGACCCCCACAGAGGUCAGAUGACAGAAGGGGUAGUGUGAAUGGCAUAGCAAUGUGAAAAGGAUUUUACCAUAUGGAUGUGAAGUAAUUAAGGCUCUGCAAGGUGUGAGGUUCUACACUUGGAAAAGUCUGAAUGUCUCUUCAUCCAUUUGGCAUGUACCUUGUAAAGGAUAGUUCAAUCAUUUGAAAUGGUAAUGGGAUUCGUUUCAUGAAGAUCCUUGUGUUCCAGUAUCUUAUCCAAGUGAAACAUUCAUACUUACCCACAGGUUAAUAAUUAAGCCUCAUUUUUAUUAUAUUUGGAAUGGGACAAGCCCAAUCUUUUAAUUAAGCCCAAACAUGAGUUGCACAACUUAAACCGUGUGGCAGGACUUGUGAUGUCCAUCCUAUUGGAUCGUGGGCGGGGCGUGCAACAUGUCUUUGGAAUGGGAAAACCAUAACAAAUUCAUAGAGGCAAUUAUUAUUUCUGUGGCAAGUACAGUAGAGGAGAUAAAACCAAAAGUUUGUAUGUGGCUUGAUGGUUUCUGGAACAAAGGAGGUGGUCACUUAGUAUCUCUAUUGCUCCACCUCUGGAGGAGGCGUGGCAAUUCACAGGGUAUAUCUCCUGUGAUUCUGAAGGGUGUUUGUGUACUUGCUUGGGGCCAAGAUCUAGUUUUGAGUGAGUCACCAUCUUUCCUUGCCAGAGACCCCCUGGACAGAAGUUGUACUUUGAAAACCUAAGUGAGUAAUUAGGACUUCUGUAUUUUAUCCUUUUUGUUUUUAUCUGUUGUUGGUGUAAAUAAUUUGUUUAUCAUAUAUUGUUAUAUGCACUGUGACUAUCUUUUGCUCAUAAUAAACAUUCAUUUAUUAUGUUUUGCCUUUGUCUGGUUAAGAAUCACAUUACCUGAAGAGACUAGUUAGUAUUUUUGCAAUAACUUAAAUAUUGUACUAAGUAAUAUUAGGUGGGUUUUAUUAUUGAUUUACCUGGGGGACCAAGGCACCCCAUUUAUAAAUUGUCUUGGUGGUGGCAGCGUUAAAAUAGUAAUAGUUAUAUUAUUAUGUUUAAGUGUGGGUGGUGUUAAAGGGGGAUUUUGUCAUUAUUUCCGGUCUAGUGCAGACAAAUAGUGAACUUUAACCCUUUCACAACCACUACCACGUCACGCGCACUCUUGGAGUAGUGUGCGUUCGUGACAAGUCUCAUAGGGGAACACCAUGUUUUCUCUGAGAAUUUGACAUUCAGAUCCUUUUCCCAUUGCUUUUUGGCUGAGGGAUGAAUAUUUAAAUAAACCUGUCUUAUUAGGUCCAUAGCAAUGGAGCAUAUUGAUUUAGUUUUGUUUUUGUCAAAGAUUUUAUAUACCAAAAUAUUCUUGUCCCCUUCCUUUCUUAAUAAAGACUCCUUUAGGAAUCCUCUUAAAUAAGAGAAGACUUCUCUAUCUGAAAUAGCAAUUUUUGAUUUGAGAUUAUCAAAUGGCAUUAACCUGGUAUUUUGAAGGAGAUCCUUGAUGAAAAUUUCAUUAUGAGCUCUCUAGGUACUAAGGUUUAGAUCGAGUAUGACUCUUUCCAAGAGCCGAAUAUUAGCUCCUUCAACGAUUUUUUGGGAUAUAUUAAGAAAUUUUUUAAUUCGUUGCCAUUCUUCAAUGAUAUGGAGUACAGUACUUGAAUUCAUUUGCAUUAAAUGGGUCUUGUAAUUAGUUUUAUCAUCCCAAAUCAGAAGUGCUAAGUCUUUCUCUUUUAUUCUAAUUGAUUCAAUCUGGUACCAGGGUUGGUUUCUCGAAUUUGGAAUCUGGAAUUUAUGGACAAGGGAAAUGAUAUUAGCACUAUAUACAUCUUUAAUCAGUGGAAGAGCCAUUCCUUCUUGAUUAGUUUUUUUUUGUUGAAAUUUGGGAUUUUAUUCUUGGUGUUUUCCCAUUCCAGAUAAAAUUGGAAAGUGAGUGUUGGAGCAUGUCCAUCCAAGGUCUGGAAAAUUUUAAUGGGAUUAUGUUAAAAAGAUAAGCCCAUUUGGGAAUAACAUAUGUUUUUACUGUAUUCACUCUUCCCCACCAAGAAAUUUCUAGAGAACGCCAUUUCUUUUAAGUUUUAUUUGUAAAUUUUAACAUGUUCAAAAAGUUAGUCUCUACUAUAUUUCCAGGAUUUGCUGUAAUAGUAAUUCCCAGAUAUUGGAACUCUCUUUUCGUCCAUUGGAAAUUAUACUUCUCUUGAAGAAACUCAACGUAUAAGAAUUUAAAUUAAUUUUUAGAGCAAUAGUUUUGUGGAGAUGUAUCUUAUAAUUUGAUACUUCCCCGUAGGUUUGAAUUUCUUGCAUUAGAUGGUGAAGUGAAGUAGAAGGGUCUGAGAUAGAAAUCAAGACAUCAUCAGCAUAAAGACAAAUCUUUGCUUCCAAUUCCUCUAUUACCAUUCCUCUUAUUUUUGAGUUUUGUCUAAUGGCUAUGGCAAAUGGUUCGAUGGAAAGAACGUACAGUAGGGUAGAUAGAGGACACCCCUGCCUCGUUCCAUUGUUAAUGUCAAACUAUUCUGUACAUAUAUCAUAUCCCACAAUUCUGGCUGAUGGGCACGUAUAGAGAGCUUCUAUUGCUGCUGCAAUCCAUCCUACUAACCCAAAUGCUGUCAAGACUUUAUUCAUAUAUCCCCAUCCGACCCUGUCGAAGUCCUUUUCGGCAUCUAUCGACAGGGUCAGAAGGGGCGUCCCUGUUAAUUGUGCGUAUUCAAAUAAAUCAAUUAUCUUACGGGAAUUAUUGCUAGAAUGGCGACCUUUAACAAAUCCAAUUUGAUCUAUGUGUAUCAGUUCGGGAAGUAGUGAAUUAAGUCUUCGAGCUAAAACUGAGGCGGAUAAUUUAAUAUCUAUAUUUAAUAAGGAAAUUGGUCUAUAAUUGGUGAUUUCUGUUUAGCUUUUGUUAGGUUUCAAAAUAGGCUUUAUGUUAGCCCUUAAUAGUUCUCGUUCUAUUUUGCCUGAAGAGGCAAUUUCGUUGAAUGUAGCCGUUAUAUUAGGAACUAUAAUAUUUUUAAAUGUUUUAAAAAAAACAUGUUGGUGAAACCGUCUGGGCCAGGAGUUUUUGAGGUUUGUAAAUUAUUUAUACUUUCUUCUACUUCUAAUUGAGAUUUUUUUAUUUAAUUUCUCUUUCUGAGUAGAGGUAAUUUUUAUUUUCUGUAAAUAUUUGUCGAUGGACUGAUCUGUAGCCGUAUGAUCUAAAUUAUAUAAACUCUCAUAAUACGUUCUAAAGGAGUUUCCUACAUCUUCUGGAGUCAAUAGGACAUUUCCAUCUUUAAUAAUUUGAUAGCUCUUAUUCGCUAUUCUAUUUUUUUUAAGUCGUCUAGUUAAUAUUUUAUCUACUUUGUUAUUCUGAUAGUAUUAUUUGGUUUUUAAUCACUUAAAAUUGGAUUCAAUUCUUCCAAGGAUCUUCUGUUUAAUCAUAUCUUUAUAUUUUUUAAUGAAAACUGAUAUAUCUUGGGAGAAUUUCUCGUUAUUCUGAGCUUGUAACUUGUAUAAUUGUAGGUAAAGUUCUGUCAUAGGAGCCCCCCUUUGUUUUUUUUCGUGGCUUGCUAAUUUUAUUAAGUAACCUCUGGUGACGGCUAUGUAUGUACACCAUAAAUUUUGAUUAGAUGUAUGGUCUGGAAGGUUUUCAUCAAAAAAUAAUUCAGAUAGAUUUUUUUUAUAUGGUCUUUGUUUUUUUUAGUUGGAUUGUACUUUAACUAACUCGGGGUCGCCCCAACACAUGUCUAUUCUUGCUGCAGUUUUAUGAGCUGAGGAGACGUGAGUAUAAAUGCGAUCCGUAGGAUGGAAUAUUCUCCAUAGAUCAUAGAUGUCAUUCAUCUUAGCUAAUUUACAUUUUAAGGAUGCCUGACUGGCGAGAUUUUUAUCUGCACAUUGGCCUGAUUUCAUUUGCUUAUCUAAUUUUGGGUCAGAUAUGCAAUUAAAAUCUCCCGCUAUCAAUAAUAUUCCUUUGCGGAUUGUUUCUAUCCUGCUCAUUAUUUUUGAAAAAUAUUUAACUGGAGCUUUAUUGGGAAGGUAUAUAUUAAGUAAAGUGUAUUGAAUUUCAUUAAACUUCCCAAUCCAAAUAAUAUAUCUCCCUUCCAUAUCAGUUUCGAUAUAAUCGCAGGAGUGAUUAAUUGAAUUAGAGAACAUUAUUACUACUCCUUUCUUCUUUUUUGUUUGAUCCGAAGCUUCCGCUAUAAGAGGGAACUUUUUAAAGUUCCAAUACUGCUUGUUUUGUUUCUUCCAAUGGGUUUCCUGAACAAAAGAUAUCUGGGCUUUUUCCUUGAGUAGAGUAUUAUAUAAACAUGCUAUUUUGUUUGGGGAAUUAAGUCUUUGGACAUUAAUAGAUUGUAAUUUUAAAAUUUUUGAUCAUUAAUUUUUUCCUCUUUUCUUUUCCUUUUAUUUUGUAGUAUUACAAUGUUUAUUACUAUUACAAUGUUUAUACCUAACCAAUUCACUUUACAACAACAUUUAUAAAACACAGAAUAUCUUAAGAUGUUAAAAAACAUCUUGCAAAAAAAAAGUUACAAAAAAUGCAACGUUUACAAGUUGGGGUACAACAUGACUCCAACAUCAAAGUAUCGCUUCGAUACCCACAGGGAGGGAGACUAACUGGAGAUAUAAAAAAAAAGAAUUUCUGGGUGAACAGACUUUCGCUUCAAUUUUCUUGAUCCCAUAUUAACUCCUGUCCCCUGCUCCUCCUAUCCUUGGUCUGAGUAUAAUGGUCUUUUUGUUUUAGUAAUAUUAUCCUUGGGAAACCAAAAUUGUGAAUAAAUUUUUGUGUAUUAAGCAUCCCUGUAAAGUGCUAUUCAGAAUUAAUUAGUUGAUAAAACCCCUGUGAUUUUAUGAGCUAACACGCAGAUAUGAUACCCUAUUUGUGAUAACUUCAAAAAAAUAAUAAAAGUGCGUAUUUCAUUAAGAUUUACCCCUUUUAUGGUUAACCCCUUUUUUUUCCCAUUCACUUUUUUCUCCUUUUUCUGUCAUUUUCUAUUUUAAUUUAUCCCAACCUUUCAUUACUUUAAAUUGGUUAUUGGUUAUAAUCCUGGUCAUGGUUGUACAUUUAUCAUAUUCAAAAAAGUGAUAUCUUAAAGUGUUGUGAAAUAUAUUUAAAUUAUCGUGGUUGAAUAUUACAAUAACUGUUAAUUAGUGGUUAAUGUCCUAAUAUAUAGGACCACUUCUAUAAGUCUAUAUAAAGUGAAAACUCAACCAUGUUAUGAAAAAUGUGUUAAUAGUCAUUUUCUUUGCUUUCUUGUUUCCUAUUUUGCUGUUUGUAGAUCUCUUAUAUGUAGAUUAGCCCAAUAAGUGUGAAAGGUUUCGUGUCUUCUUUCUCAGUCCUUUUUAAAUUUCUCUUUAUAGUCCUCAUUUUCCUUCUAUUUACUUUGUCCAUCGUAAAAAUAUCCUCUUUAUGGACUUUAAGUGAUCUUGCGGGAUAGAGAGAACAGGAGAGAAGAGGGGGAGAAAAAAAAAGUGAACGUUCAGAAAUUAAUGACCCGUUUUUUAGUUGAGUUUAGAUUGCAUCAAUCAUUCAUUAGCCAUUUCAAAGGUUGUAAAUGUAGACCAUUUGUUUCAGUGAAAGAUCUAGAGCGAGGCUGGAUGUUGCCAUCUGAAUAUAAAGUUAUGUUUAAUUAAAAUUUGAAAUAUUGGUGAAAAUUCUCUCCUUUUAGCUCUAGUAAAAUAUGAAAUAUCUGGGAGAGCGAAUAUUUCUUUGAAUUUCUCUUCAGUCGGUCUAUUCUUCUUUAAUGCUGACAAAAUUAGAUUUUUAGUUUCAAAUUAAUGAAAGGCGACUAAUACGUCUCUUGGGAAGUUAUUUUUGAGGUUGGUAGGUUUAAAAAUUCUAUGGCAACGGUCCAUUUUUAAUUCAUGAGAGUACAAUGACAAAUUAAGUGAAAUAAAAAGCUCUUUCAGAAAAUCUCUCAAUUUUUCAUUUGUUAUAUUUUCAGGAAUGUUUCUGAACUUUAAGUUUGUUCUGCGAGCCUGAUCUUCCAAAUCGGCUAUCUUGGGUUCUAGUACUUUCUGUUGUAUUUUUUUGUGUGUGUCUCUAAGAGUUUGAAUUUGGAAUUCUGUGUGUUCCCCUUUUUCCUCAAUUGAUUGAAUUCGAGUUAAUACCUUGGAAAUGUCAUUUUUGAGAUCAUUUGAGUUGUUCUGGAUCUCUUUUUUUAUUUCUUUUAGAGUGUUGUCUAAGAGAUUUUGUAUUACUUCUGUAGUAAUACUGGUUGGUUCUGCAAGGAGGGUUGCUAUUGCGGAAGAGGAAUCCAGGAACUGAUCAUCAAUAGGGUCUUGUGUUUUUUUGUGGGGAAAAGAGUCCUUUUUCUGGCUUUGCAAGUUUCUUUUCUGUUUUUGGUGCGACUUUAGAAUUCUGGGAUCGUUUAGAUGCCAUUUAAAAUAAAAAAAUUAAAAACCUAGUUCUUUAAACGCUUUUCUUUGAUCAAUUUGAGUGCUUUUAUUUAUUUCACUUGUCUUUACAGUUCAGAUUUCGUCUUUUGUUGUCUGAUAUUUCCUUUUAACACUUGCUCUUGUAAUUCUAUAAGUGAACUAUCAAAUUUACAUGAGGAGUUCAUGUGUUAGGUGAUAUCAGGAUAUUAGGAGUAUAUACACAAAAAAUAGAAAUAAUAUUCUUUCUCUUUUCCCCUUUGUGCAUAUAUGUUUUAUUUCCCUCCUUCCUUCUUCUCUUUCUCCUUCCCUCCUUCCACUGUUACUUUAACUUCUCUCUCCUGUUUGUUUUCUGUUCUUUCUCUUACUCCUUUAUUAUUUCAUAUAUUAUUUUUAAUAUAUAAAUAUGUAUUGAAUAUAUAAAUUGGGUACCUUUUUAAGGCGACUUCUUUUUUCUUUUAACUUGUUUUCAGACAGUCUUAUGAGGAAGGCCGCACCACGGAGAAGCAGCUCAAAGAACCCUUGCCUGGUCUCCUGCCCUCGGGACGGCAGAUGGCUGCACCGGGAGAGACAGGUACCCUUGGUAUGUUUUAGCGGGCUUCUCAGGCGUUUAUUGUAGGGCUUGAUAAUUGAGCAGGCACCAUUAAAGAACCACUAUAGUGCCAGGAAAACAUACUCAUUUUCCUGGCACUAUAGUGCCCUGAGGGUGCCCCCACCCUCAGGGUCCCCCUCCCGCCCGGCUCUGGAAGGGGAAAAGGGGUUAAAACUUACCUUUUUCCAGCGCUGGGCGGGGAGCUCUCCUCCUCCGAUCCUCCUCUUCUCCUCCUCCUGGGCUGAAUGCGCACACGCGGCAAGAGCUGCGUGCACAUUCAGCCCGUCGCAUAGGAAAGCAUUUACAAUGCUUUCCUAUGGACGCUGGCGUGCUCUCACUGUGAAAAUCACAGUGAGAAGCACGCAAGCGCCUCUAGUGGCUGUCAAUGAGACAGCCACUAGAGGAUUAGGGGAAGGCUUAACCCAUUCAUAAACAUAGCAGUUUCUCUGAAACUGCUAUGUUUAUAAAAAAAAUGGGUUAACCCUAGAAGGACCUGGCACCCAGACCACUUCAUUAAGCUGAAGUGGUCUGGGUGCCUAGAGUGGUCCUUUAAGUGAAGGAAGUUGAGGGAACUCUAGUAUCGAGCAAGAAAGAAACUUUCUGCUUUAGAUUCGGCUUUGGUGUGGUCUCACGUUCCAGCUACACAGCAAGUGUUAGGCGGUUACUUCUCCAUGCGGGAGUUGCUCUCUCCCCCUUACGGCACGCUCACCUUCCAUCUCACGUCAUCGCCGCUGUACUUUUUCACCUAUUUUAUUGUUGGUGGUGGUGUAAUUUCACCACCUGAAGAAAGAACAUGGUAAGGACCAGAACAACAAAGAAGAUGAUGAUGGAGAACGCAUAACAAGAUGCCAGGCAGAGGAACAGCACAAAGUGGUGUUCUUGACAAGAGAACCACGACUACAAUUCAAUUAAUCGGUGAAAGAAACUCUUUUAACAACAAGAGGAAGCUGGAAGAAUCAAAGGGAAAGAAGAAGAAGGAAAACAACAAUGAACAGGAGGACAGAGGACAGUUAAUAACAAGAGGAAGCGGGAAGAAUCAAAGGGAGAGAAAGGAGUAGUGAGAGGACAGAGAAGCCUGGAUGCUGAACCUGGAACUGUAUCAAAGGAGUCAACUUCACGACCUGGACCAUCAUCACAGGAGUCAAUUUCUUUGAAAAAAAGCUGCUGUUUCACAGACCACUUGGAGAGUGAAGCUUUGGAAAAGUAUGUAAAAACCCUUGCAUGGCUAUAUUAAUAAUUUGUAUGACAUCAGAAAGGACUCCUCCCCCCCCCCCCACCACCCUGACAACUGGAAGGGGAGAGGGGACACGACUGCUGCCACAGGGGUAAGCAUGGUAACUAAAAAGUUUACUAUGUAGAAAACCUUACCUGGACCAAGGGAUUCUGGGAAGCUUAACUGACAGACUAUACCUUAAAACUGUUGAGGGAGCCUGACAGUUUCUGUCCUGUUUUCCCCAUUACUACAAAAAGGCAUAUAAACACAUACAAAUAAGUUUAAAACCAAACAAACUGUUAGUUAUAUAGCUAUACCAUUAACCAUAUUGGAUAAUGGCCACAAGUGAUUCUAGGGAGGCCUUACUGGCAUUGAUGGAGGCCUUCAAGUGGACUCACAGGCAGGAUGCUUUGGCUUCCCUGAUGCAGGGCAUCCAGUCUGGUUCGUAGCACGGUUCGGUGGACAGGAGGGCUGAAUAUGAAGUAUCCAGACGGAGGGCCAGAAGAUCCAGGCCUCCAGCACGGCUUUCGCUGAGUCCGGUGCGGAGAUCCAAUGGAGGGACAAGGCAAGAUAGUCCAGGGCUAAGUGAUGCUGGUCCUGGGACAUCGCAUACACCGGACAGGACCACACCUGGAUGAAGGAGUAACAUGCGUGAAUCUUCAUCCCGAAGGGUGAACCACGAUGGUGGUCUGGUGUUGCAAGGUGACCAGGGCUCGGUCAGAUCUUGCAGCUCUCCUUCUUUUCCGGCAAGGCAGGAAGUGAAGAAGCCACAUCGGUGCAGACGGGCUUUGAGCCAUUGCUCUACCUCCAUGUCAUCAGCACAGGGCACAUAUACGUGAUGUCUGUGUGCUCAAAUGCUCCAGCGUCACAGGCCCUGACCCCCAGAAGUUCGCAUCUCAUCUCCAGAAAUCGUACCGAAUGCUGGACUUUAACGGUUGCAUUCGGUGCAAAAUUCUUAUAUUCAAAUAAGAGAGAGGAAGGAGGUGAAAUCGGCAAUCCUCUUGGGGGAUCCUCCAUAGACAUAAAUGCUGUACUCUCACACAUGAGCGAGAGUACAGCAGUGACAUUGCCUCCUGGCUCUGAAGAGCCAGGAGCAGUAAAGGACUGCCUGGGAGAGGACGGCGGCUUCCUAGUGGGCAAGGAUCAGGUAAAUUAUACUCACUUUUCCUUGCCACUCAAAAACAGCAGUGCUGCAAGUGUAAGGUCAUAUAAUGUGAUUUAAACCAUCACUAUUUGGGGAAGGUAAUUUAUGAUAUAUUUUUUUUUACUUCUUUGUGUCUCAGACAGGUCGUGAUACCAACUCAUGUACUAACCAAGAAGUUGCUAGCUCUGAAGAUCACUCAGAAGAGACCCUACUUGAUGGUGACCGUAAGCGAACCCUCAGAGAGUGCAGAGUCUUGGAAAUGGCUGCUGGAAAUAUCUUCCUGAACCACAUGUAUGCUACCUUUCAAGCUAAGGUAACAUAUAUAAAUCAAACAAUAAUCUUUUGAAUGAAUAAGAAGCUGCUAGUAGGGUUUAGCACUGUUGUUUGAUCUGGAUGUCUCUGCAGAAGAAUGUGAGGUUUUUCUGCAAGAUUUGGACAUUUAGAUGUAUUUUUCAUGCAUAUAGUUAAAGCAGGUCAUUUUGAUAAAGGACAGAGUGACUGAGACUGUUAGGGACCAUAGAUGUGCAGUCACGAGUUGGGUGAGGAUCAGAAUCACUCUCUAACAUGCGUGACAUGGAUAUGAUUGUGGAUUUUCAAACAAAAUGAUAAACUGAUUUUGGGCACCCCUUAUUUCAUCUUGUGCUGUAAGCCCAUAACUGUGAGGCAUGUUGGUAUCAAUGUGUGUGGUUACAAGCAAAUCACAUGACAGAUAUACCCCUAACAUUACCCAUAUUACACCCUUGUAAUUACACGGUAUGAUAAUAUACUCCCACAUUCACACACGCUGUCAAUCUACAUAUACAUUCUCUUCCAAAUUUACAUCUGCAUUCACACACAGCCACUUCCACACAGAAAUGCCUUAGAGCAGUGAUGGCGAACCUAUGGCACGCGUGCCACAGGUGGCACGCCGGGCCCUUUCUGUGGGCACGCGGCCACAGGUUCGCCAUCAAUGCAGAGAAGGCGCCUGCCCGACCGAAACGGCAGGCGCCUACUCUGCUUCCGGGUCGGGAGGCAGGGGGAGUGCUUUGUGAUGCAGCUCCCCUGUCCUCCCGCGCGAUGCUGUGUGGAGCGUUGCCGCGCGUUACCAUGGCAACGCUCCACACAGCAUGGGAGGACAGGGGAGCUGCUUCCUGGAGCCCUCCCCCUGCAGUGCUUACCACCACCGGACCACCAGGGAUCGCUGUGUCCCCCCCUCCCCCCACUUCAUUAAAGGUAAGAAGGAGGGAGGGGGGUAUACUGACACAGCACCCAUACCCCCCCAGCAGUAACCCCUACCCUCCCCAGCAGUAACCCCUACCCUCCCCAGCAGUACCCCUAACCUCCCAACAGUACCCCUAACCCCCCCAGCAGUAACCCCUAACCCCCCCAGCGGUAGCCCUACCCCCAGCAGUGGCCCACCCUCCCAGCGGUAGCCUACCCUCCCAGCAAUUUUACCCCCUAUCCCCAGCCUUGGUACCCCUAACCUCCCAACGGGUACCCCUAACCCCCAGCAGUAACCCCUACCCCCCAGCGGUAACCCCUACCCCCUAGCAGUAACCCAUGCACCCUCCCCCAGCAGUAACCCCUAACCCCCCAUACACGAAGGUACCCCUACCCCCAGCAGUGACACCCUCCCCAGCAGUGCCCCCCCUAACUCCCCAACCCAGUACCCUACCCCCUUACACAGUACACAGCUACCUCCCAGUAGUAACCCCUACCUCUCCCCAGCAGUAACCCCCUACCCUCCCAGCAGUAACCCAACCCUCCCCAGCAGUACCCCCAACCCUCCCCAGCAGUUGCCCCAACCCUCCCAGCCGUACCCCUACCCCUCUCACACAGUACCCCUACCCUCCCAGCAGUACCCCUACCCCCCACACACAGUACCCCUACCCCACACACACAGUACCCCUACCCCCCGCAGCACCCUUACACAUAUAGCACACACACAGCACCCCCCCCACACACACACACACACAGCACCCCUCACAUACAACACUCACACACACACGCACCCCCCACCUCAAUGCAGUAUGUGUGUAUUCAGCAGUCUGUGUGUGGCCAAUGGCGUGUCAGCAAUCUGUGUGUGUAGCUAAAUAUUCAGCCGGACUGUGUGUGUGUAUUUAGCAGUCUGUGUGUGUACUCAGCAGUGUUUGUGUACUCAACAGUCUGUGUGUGUGUAUUUAGGAGUCUGUGUACUCAGCAGUCUGUGUGUGUGUGUAUUUAGCAGUCUAUGUGUGUGUGUGUACUCGGCAGUCUGUGUGUGUGUGUGUACUCAGCAGUCUGUGUGUGUGUGUACUCAGCAGUGUGUGUGUACUCAGCAGUCUGUGUGUGUGUACUCAGCAGUCUGUGUGUGUGUACUCAGCAGUCUGUGUGUGUGUGUACAGCAGUCUGUGUGUGUGUACUCAGCAGUCUGUGUGUGUGUGUGUACUCAGCAGUCUGUCUGUAUGUGUAUUCAUCAGUCUCUGUAUUCAGCAGUCUUGUGUGUGUAUUCAGCAGACUGUGUGUAUGUAUUCAGCAGUCUGUGUGUGUAUGUAUUGCAUUUGUUGGAGAUACUAAUAAAUAUAAGCUUAAUUUUAUCUAUUUAUAUCAUUAUUUAAAAUUUGUAUCAUUGAACUCUCUGUGUUCUUUUAAAACAAAAGUUAUUAGUUCGGACAACAGUACGAGUUGUUUUUUCUAAACUUAAACCUCAGUAUUUGGGUUUAAUUGUCGUGUUGGCACUUUAAGGAGAAAAAUGUUGGCAUGUAUUGCGGUUUGGGCACUCGGGCUCAAAAAGGUUCGCCAUCACUGCCUUAGAGUAUUUUAGGGGGGCGUGGCCUGGACGGGAACGCGAGCGGUCGCAUGUUCUAACAGCUCCGCGGCAGUAAAGGCCCUCACACGUUAAUUAGACCCAAACCGGACAAAAUCAACGGGCACCAGGCGCUACCGACCAUGUCCCACGCCAAGGCAAAGCGGGCGACCGAGAAACAGGACAAACUCCUGUUUUUCAACGCCAAACAAGGGCACACGCGGGGAGCGGCAACACAGGAAGACCUCCAAGAUGGCAGACGGAGCCCAAGGAAUGCUUACAGAGGCCUCGGGCCGCGUCCUCACCACGGAGGGGAUGCAGGCUAUGCUCGACGAUAUGGAGGCGAAACUGCAAACAACACUGCAACGCUCAUUCACAGACCUCCGUGCAGACAUCCACAAAUUGGGGUCACGCACCUCAGAUCUGGAGAAUCAGAUGGAGGCGCAAUCGGAGGCUCACAACCGCCUAUCUAAUAAGGUGGAGGAAGUAUGGGACAGGAUGCAAGAAUAUGAGGCCAAAAUUGCGGACUUGGAGGACCGCGCACGCCGCAGUAACCUGAGACUGCGGAACGUGCCUGAAGACAUAGGCCCGCAAGAGCUGCAGGCGUACGCAACGGGGCUUUUCCGCACACUUGUCCCUGAUCUGCCACAGAGUGUCCUGCUGUUGGAUCGCAUCCACAGAGUGGCAAAGCCCCAAUACCUACCUGCUGAUACGCCAAGAGAUAUCGUCUUGAAGAUGCAUUACUACCAUGCGAAGGAGGCGGUCCUGAGAGCGAGCCGCACACGAAAAGACAUACCUACUGAAUUCCAAAAGGUGGGAAUCUUCGCGGACAUCUCUGCUAUGACGUUGAGGAAGAGAAAGACUUUUGGCGCUAUCACAGCGGCUCUGCGAGACAGCAACAUCGCAUACAGGUGGGGAUAUCCGACCAAGUUGCUGGUCCAACGCAACGGCACCCUUACAGCCAUCACAUCCCCAGAGGAAGGUCUCCUGAAGCUGAGAGAAUGGGGCAUCACCCCGCGCCCAGAACCACAGAGGCCUGCAUCGCACGAGCGACACACCUCCACAUGGAAGCGGGUGCGAAAAUAGCCCUGGACGGGGAACAAAUACGAACUUUUCAAGUCGCCCGCAAGUAUACAGUAUGCUGCAUCACGCAAUGCAAAAUAGCCAUGUUAUGCAUAUUGUUUGAUUUUGGUGUGAUUUAAUGUUAGACUAUCCAAGCCAGACUAGGGGUAUGAUAACCAGGGAGCAAUUGAGGUCAGAUAGCCAGACAAAGUUAUAACCAGAUAUUUAAGGGUCAUGUGUAGACCUAAGCUAAGUCCGUACAGAGUUAGGGAUAACCUCUCCCAACGGUGUUAAUGCUAAGUUUAAAAAAAUAAAAAAAUAAAAAAUAUAUCAAGUAUAACAAUACAAUAAUACCACACCCCCAAUAAAAAGUCUUACCAAGCCCCAAAGACCAAAUACGCCUAAUAAUGUAGAGCGAUGGCUCACUAAAGAGUGUUAGCUAACAAGAAGACGGCAUAACAGUGCAAAUUGGGUCAAUCACCAUGUUAAAAGAAACAAGAGGGCUGCACUCGCGGCAGCACACUCCCCCCACGCAGGAUCGAAGCAUUACGCUCCGACCCCCAUGGCUCCCUAAAUGGGAACCUUGCCAUUAUUCUGGCAUUUUUGUUUAUGAUUGUAUAUAGGUUUGCAUUUUAUGUAAUAUUGAGUUAUGUUCUUGUUAUGUUUCCCUCCCUUAGCCCCCCUACAACCAACUCGGGCCAAGUGGGUGGCCCACACGUAUUACCUACCAUAUACACUGUAGCAUCACGAGCGCCUCUCCACCGGAUACAAAGCACCGAACAGACAUACCUACCGAAUACCCGCAGGGGUUAUCUUAGUGGGAUCUGCCCAGCUCGCCGUAGCUGGGGAGGGCAGAGCCCCAUCAUAGACCAAUACAUAUCAAACUCUCACAAUACCUUCCCAUACAAACCACCUUAAGUUUUACAGCCACAAUGUAAGGGGACUCAAUCUCCCGGUCCAACGACACCUUCUUAGCAGGGAUGUAGGUAAAGCUGAUGCGGACAUCGUGUGUUUACAGGAAACACAUUUCAGGGGCACGUCCCAUCCCAGCAUCCUGACCAACUCCUACCCUCACCAGUUCCACUCUACGUCCACGACCAAAUCCAAGGGAGUCACCACCCUGCUCAGUAAAAAAGUCGCUUUCACUCUGAUCACUGAGGACACCGACCCAGAAGGCAGAUACGUUAUAAUAGUGGGACACAUAAAUAAUAUACUAUAUACCAUAGUAAAUAUAUAUGCCCCAAACACCAACCAGAGGAAUUUCAUACACAGAAUGAUACACAAAAUCUCCCACAUCCAACAAGGCACUACAAUUAUAUGUGGGGACCUGAACCAUGUCCUAAACCCAGCUGUAGACACUACUCUCUCCCGAACCAGCCCGCGAUAUAAAUCACUUAAGCGCCAAAGCGCGGCCCUGACCAAAUUACUGUCAUUGCAUCACUACUAUGAUGCAUGGAGAGUCACGCACACAGAAGACAAAGAGUACACCCACCACUCGCAGGUUCAUAAUACAUACUCGAGAAUCGACGCGAUCCUAGUGGAGGGAACCACACUAGGGCAGGUAGUGGACUGUUGGGUGGGACAGAUAGUGUGGUCUGACCAUGUCCCUAUAGAACUAAUCUUGAGGGACACUUAUGACUUCAAACAUAGGAGCCCCUGGCGGCUUAACGAGACCCUCCUGACAGACAAAACCUUCUCGGGAACGCUAGCAGAGUCCCUACAAACCUAUUUUACAGACAAUGCCAACCCCGACUUACAACACCACACAAUUUGGCAAGCUCAUAAGGCAGUUGCCCGUGGACUCCUUAUAAAACAAGCAUCAUACAUUAAAAGGAAGACACAGACACAAGUGACGAAGUGGCAAAAAGACAUUUACACACUGACGAUACAAAAUCAACUCCACCCCACACAACAGCUAAAAGAACAAAUAGCCCUAGUGCGCCAUCAACUUCGCCAACAUGCGCUAACUAAGGUAGGACACAAUUUAUGGAAAUUGAAAGCCUCACACUACGCCCAGGGGAAUAGAGCGAGUAAACUACUGGCAGCAAGGUUAAAAAAGCGACAACAGUCACAGAAAAUAGCGUACCUACACACGAAAGCAGGGGGAAAAGCUAUGUCGCCGCUCACUAUUAGCGAUGAGUUCGCACAAUACUAUGGGGACCUGUACAAUCUUAGCAACGAUGCAACCAUACCCACACCGACAACGGCCGAGAUAGAGACAUACCUAAACAAAAUCAACCUCCCGACUUUGACAGCCCAACAGAAAGACACCCUUACCCGACCAGUCACCCCUGAGGAGGUAGGGGACACCAUAAAGUCGCUACCAAGGGGCAAGGCCCCGGGCCCUGAUGGAUUUGCCAACUCUUACUAUAGCAAAUUUAGAGAUAUAUUGGCCCCAUGCCUAGCAGAAGUCUUCAAUGAGGCUGUGAGAACACAAACCCUACCGGAGGAAAUGCAGCUCGCCCACAUUAUCACUUUGCCUAAGCCUGGCAAACCCCCAAAUUAUCCACAAAAUUUUAGACCCAUAUCCCUCCUUAAUACUGACACUAAACUACUGGCGAAACUGUUCGCUAUGAGGCUAAGCCCGAUAUUACCACACAUCAUACACGACGACCAAGUGGGAUUUGUGACGGGGCGCCAGGGGGCAGACAACACCAGAAAAGUCCUCGACCUCAUGCAAAGCUUAGGGGCGAAACGGGAAGGGGGGGUUCUGCUCUCACUGGACGCAGAAAAAGCCUUUGACCGACUGGGGUGGGGAUUUCUGCAGGCGGCCCUGAGGAGGUACGGGAUGCCGGAGGGGUUUAUUUCAGUGGUCAGGGCAUUGUAUUCGGCACCAAGAGCCCAAGUACUUAAUUCGGGUUUUGUGUCAAAAAAGAUAACCAUUACCAAUGGAACAAGACAGGGGUGCCCCCUGUCCCCCCUGCUAUAUGUACUGGCACUGGAGCCGCUGGCUGCAGUGAUCAGAGCCCACCCUGAUAUACAUGGGGUCCAAGUGGGGGACAGGGAGUACACCCUUAAUCUAUUCGCAGACGACAUACUCCUGAUGUUGACGCAACCAAUAAUAUCCCUACCGAAUUUACUACAGUGCAUACGAGAAUAUAACAAAGUAUCCUACUACAAAUUAAACCUCACAAAAACACAAGCAAUGGGAAUCCAUCUGCCAGAACAUACUUUACAAACACUGACGAACUCCUUCACCUUUGACUGGAGGGAAGACUAUAUCACAUUCCUGGGGAUUAAGCUAGCCAAGACGAGCGGCCAAAUGUUUAAAUAUAAUUAUGAGAAACUCCUGCAGGAAAUCUCUCAGACGUUAGACCAGUGGAACAGUGACUUCCACUCGUGGCAUGGGCGCAUAGCGGCAUUUAAAAUGUCACUGUUGCCAAAAUUACAAUACCUAUUCCGCACGCUGCAAAUCCCUAUACCUAGGCAAUAUAUGGUCAAACUACAAAAAAUCAUCACGAGAUUCGUGUGGGCGAACAAAACACCCAGAGUGGCUUACUCUACAAUAAAAAGAACAACGGAGAGGGGGGGUAUGAGCUUCCCAGACGUCAAACUGUACUACAAGGCGGCCAUUCUAGCAGCGCUAGCCACGACACACAGGGCAGCUAACCCACCACAAUGGGUAGCCAUUGAAUCCCAAUGGACGUGUAGAGCAGGGAUGCACCACUUGUUUUGGGUGCCAAAACACCUAAGGCCAACAACACCGACCAUGCUAGAGACCACCAAACUAAUGCUGCAUACCUGGGACACAUAUAGAACGCACCUCAGUGGCUCAGGAACCACAUCGCUAGCAUCGACAAUGUAUAGUAUCCACCUGAGGAACAAAACAUUUGACUACAGGACUUGGACGAAUGCAGGGUGUACACACAUACACGACUUAUACAAGGGUACAUCCCUAAAACAGUUCCCGGACCUACAAACACAAUACAACCUACCGAGUAAAGCAAUUUUCUCAUACUUGCAGCUCAAGUCCACCCUACGGCAACCCAAGACUCCACCUAUGACACCCAUGAUCUCAAACUUUGACACGUGGUGCCUCACGGGCAAGCCACACAGACGAAGCAUUUCAAAAAUAUAUAACACAUUACUUGAGGGCACUCACGCAUCCACAGACAACUUUAUACAGGCAUGGCACAAAGACCUUGGCAGCACCUUCACGGAGGCCCAAUGGUCCAGAGCCUUCACAAUCCACAAGGGCAACACAGCCUGCAUUACACACUUUGAACAAGUGAGAAAACUGCAAUACAGGUGGUAUUUGGUCCCCACACGGCUAGCACACAUGUUCCCGAAUGUGUCUACUCAGUGCUGGAGAUGCCAGCUAGAUACAGGCUCACUAAUACAUAUUUGGUGGACGUGUAAAGACGUGCAACCUUACUGGGCCAUGGUGAGCACCAUCGUGGACCAACUGCUUCCUGCAAAGAUGACCCUGACCCCGGCUACAUGUCUCUUAUACAUAUGGCCAGAAGGCCUGACCAAGGUCCACUCCAAACUCCUAUUCCACACGCUGAUAGCAGCAUGUAACCUAAUAGCAAAAAACUGGAAAUCACGGAACAUCCCCACAAAAGCUGAGCUAGUUACCCAGAUCCAAAAGAAUUGGGAAUAUGAACGCAUGGCGGCCCAACAAUUGGGGACGGGAGUGGCAACUAUGGAGGCGGGGAAAAUUUGGGAACAAUACUGGAACAAGGUGAAGUCCCAAACAACUGGGGAUGAGUAAGAUUCUUUAGCCUCACCAACGCAAUCUGAGAGGGUAUACCCCGGGAAACAGUGGAUAGAGGCCGGUGAUGAGAGACCAAACAGAUACAGCGAACCCUUCUCAAAAGAAACCAGGUAGAUGUAACACAUACAGACGAGACAAACAAUCCACCAGUGUAUAUACUUAAGCUAACUCCCCUCAUACCCCCCCCCCAGGUGAGCACCUGGACCCCCCCCACUCCCCCCACCACCUCCUUCUGUCCAACUCAUUGACAUAGGCCACACGGUAAAAAGGCACGACAACGAGCGCAGGACAGGCUGGUAAACAUGUGGACACCUCCGGGCUGAGGUGCAUAGACAGUGCCCUGCCGACACUGUUUAAACUAUCCCAACUACGGCUGUACUAAGUAAAGUGGGAUAUAAUGACCGUUGGAAAUACACACGGUACCAACUAACCCCACUCCAUCAUACCCCACAUUUGUCGUCUGUGAUUCCCACCCCCACCGUUGAAACACUAAUGGUAUACCAGGUAACCUCAGCCAGACCGGCAUCUGGAGAUACAUGUUAAAGAGCCAAAACAAUAAGUUGGGUAUACAGAAAGGCCGGACAAGGUUGUAGUCAUGAUUAUAAAUACUAAUAACCUGUGUAUUGUAUAAAGUGAAAAUGUUGUAUAAAGUAUAAUGUCAUGAGUGGAACCUUCGUUAUUCCACCCUGCCCCAUUCAUCCCCACCCCCCAUUAAUUUUUGUAUCCCUUCCCCCCCCCCCUUUUUUCUAUAUGGAAAAUAAAAAUUGUCAAAUUGAAAAAAAAAGAAAAAUGCCUUAGAGUAUUUUAAAAAACAUUUAAGCAAAUACAAAAGUAUUUAACUAUUACAAAAAUUACAAAGAUUUUAGAAGAUGAUCUCUUAAUAUUAAAUCAAGCAAUUUCUUUAGAAGAAGUUGAUAAGCAAAUUAGCAAACUAGAACUAAAUAAAACCCCAGGACCUGAUGCGUAUACAAAUUUAUAUUAUAAAAUGAUGAAAUACAUACUGAUCAAACCCCUUACAGAUUUCUUUAAUGAGUUUGCAUUAAAUAACAAAAUUCCUAAAGAAUUACUCCAAUCGAAUAUUCUUCCUAUUGUAAAACCAGGUAAAGAUAGUAGAUAUGUAGAAAAUUACAGACCAAUUUCACUAAUCAAUGUCGAUGUUAAAUUAUAUGCCUCAAUUAUUGCCGAAAGACUGAAAACUAUUAUCCCAAAAAUAAUACAUACAGACCAAACCGGUUUUGUACCGAGAAGGUCUACAACCAAUAGUGCUAGAACAAUUUUGGAUAUAUUAGAUCAAUCAGGAAAGAGGCAGAUUCCCCUGCUGACCCUGUCACUAGACGCAGAGAAGGCGUUUGACAGGGUUGGCUGGGGAUACAUAAUGAGCCUUUUGGAGGAAUAUGGAUUUAGUGGUAUGAUUUUCAAUGCCAUUAUGGCACUUUAUUUGGCUCCAUCAGCGAGGACUGUUGGAGCCAAUAUAUGCGCAGAGUGGUUUGAAUUAGAGAAUGGUACAAGGUAGGGGUGCCCUUUGUCACCCCUGCUAUAUAUAUUAUCAUUGGAACCAUUAGCAAUCAAUAUAAGGGAUAAUUGUAAUAUUAAAGGUUUUCACACCGCUAUAAGGGAAAUCAAAAUUUCGCUAUAUGCUGAUGAUACUACAAUUAUAAUGACUUCUCCUGAACAAUCUCUACCAGAAUUAAUGAAAGAAAUGAAUAAAUAUGCUUUGGUUUCAAAUUACAAACUAAAUACACUAAAAUCCACGGCAAUGUAUAAAAAUAUGGAUAAAUCGAUAGUGGAAAAAUUGAGAAAGGAAUAUGUUUAUUUGAACUAAAAAAGUAAUAAAUCAUUUAGGAGUUUUAACUCCAGCUAGAGUGGAAAACACAAUGGAAAUGAAUGUAUUGGAAUUAUUAAAAUAUACUAAUAAAACACUAAAAUCAUGGAGAAAUGUGCAGACAUCAUGGUGGGGGAAAAUUAAUGUUGUAAACGCAUAUAUAGUACCCAAAUGAUCCUAUUUAUUUGUAAUGAUACCUCUUAAAAUUUCUAAAAGCUGGCUAGAUUCGAUUCAAGCCAGUUUUUCAUCUUAUAUCUGGAAGAAUAAAAAGCCCAGGAUCAGAUUAAAGAUACUUUCUAAAAAGAUAAAACAAGGUGGUUUAAACUUUCCUAACGCAAAACUUAUAUAUUAUGCGAAUGUAAUCAAACAUAUAUACAAAUUACAAGAACAACAUGUGAAUGUAGACCCUUGGUACAUUAUUGAAGCAGAAGCAACUAAAACAAGGAAUUUGAAGUAUUAUCUAUGGUUAAACUGUUAUAAGAAACAUAUAGAGGCCCUUACAGAUACAUCAUUAAUAUUAUAUCAACUCCUACAAGUUUGGGAGGAGAUAAAAAAAAGCUUUGGGAAUUGCUAAAUAUAUACCAAAAACCUGUAAAUUAACUGUACUAGAACAAAAUAUGAAAGAUUUAUCAUUAAAGAAUUGGCCGAAUAAAGAUUCAAUUUCACAAAUAAUGAAAGAUAAGAUCAUUCUAUUAGAAGAGAUGGUGAAAAAGUUUCAAGUCCCAAAUAGGGAAAUUUUUACAUAUUUAAGAAUAAAAAACUUUCUAGAUAUUAAUAUUUUAAAAUCUUCAUUUCAGUCUGCAAGUCUCAUGGAAAAUAUAUUUAGCAACAUUUAUGUUAAUAAAGUAAUUUUCUAAAGCAAAUCUCCUUCUAGACAUGCUUAAUGAUAACACAAUGAAAAUAAUAAAUUAUUGGGAGAAAGAACUAGAAUUAACUAUGACAUUGGAAGAAUGGUGUUCCUCUUUGUCACAUAUUUCUAAAAAUAUACAUUGCUUGAAUUUAACAGAGUGCCAUUUCAAAGUUAUAAAUAAAUGGUAUUUAACACCAAAUAAAUUAGCUAAAAUGUAUCAGAAUUGCAACCCUACGUGUUGGAGAUGUGGCAGUAAUUUGGGUUCAUAUAUUCAUAUAUGGUGGUCUUGCCCAGGUGUUAAAGGACCACUCUAGGCACCCAGACCACUUCAGCUUAAUGAAGUGGUCUGGGUGCCAGGUCCCUCUAGGAUUAACCUUUUCUUCUAUAAACAUAGCAGUUUCAGAGAAACCGCUAUGUUUAUAAUAGGGUAAUCCAGCCUCCAAAUCAUCUAGUGGCUGUCUCAUUGACAGCCGCUAGAGGCGCUUGCGUGAUUCUCACUGUGAAAAUCACAGUGAGAACACGCAAGCGUCCAUAGGAAAGCAUUGUAAAUGCUUUCCUAUGAGACCGGCUGAAUGCGCGCGCAGCUCUUGACGCGCAUGCGCAUUCAGCCGAAGGGGAGGAGAGGAGGAGGAGAGCUCCCCGCCCGGCGCUGGAGAAAAGGUAAGUUUUAAGCCCUUCCUCUCCCCAGAGCCGGGCGGGAGGGGAACCCUGAGGGUGGGGGCACCCUCAGGGCACUAUAGUGCCAGGAAAACAAGUAUGUUUUCCUGGCACUAUAGUGGUCCUUUAAUGAAAUCUGGUCUUGGGUUUUUAAACUUUAUUAUGAUUUGACAGGUAUAAAACUAAUAUUUUCACCUACAGUCGCACUUUUACAUGUAAACUGGAAUUUAAAAUCACAAAAUGAUAUCUGUACUGCUGUCCAUUGUUUCAUAGCUAUGAAAAUUAUAAUAGUUAGAAAUUGGAGGUCCUCCUUACCUUUUCAAAAACAACAUAUACUCUCUCAAAUUAAAACACAAUUGAAUAUGGAAAAAUCGCUUACGAUAAAUCAUAUUUCUCAAAUAAAAAAAAAUGCUAUGUAUGAAAAUUGGUUAAACAAAUUGUCAACAAUGUAAGAUCUACCCUGAACAUAGUUACAUAGCUGAAAAGAGACUUGCGUCCAUCAAGUUCAGCCUUCCUUACAUUUGUUUUUUGCUGUUGAUUCAAAAGAAGGCAAAAAAAAACAGUUUGAAGCACAAUUUUGCAACAAGCUAGGAAAAAAAAUUCCUUCUUGACCCCAGAAUGGCAGUCAGAUUUAUCCUUGGAUCAAGCAGUUAUUACCCUACAUUGAAAGAUUAUAUCCUUGAAUAUUCUGUUUUUGCAAGUAUGCAUCUAGUAGCUGUUUGAACAUCUGUAUGGACUCUGAUAAAACCACUUCUUCAGGCAGAGAAUUCCACAUCCUUAUUGUUCUUACAGUAAAAAAACCUUUCCUUUGCCUUAGACGAAAUCUUCUUUCUUCUAGUCUAAACGCAUGACCUCGUGUCCUAUGUAAAGUCCGGUUUGUGAAUAGAUUUCCACACAAUAGUUUGUAUUGGCCCCGAAUAUAUUUGUAUAAUGUUAUUAUAUCCCCCUCAGGCGAUGUUUUUAUAAACUAAAUAGGUUUAAAUUUGUUAACCUUUCUUCAUAGCUGAUAUGUUCCAUUCCUUUUAUUAAUUUUGUAGCCCGCCUUUGCACUUUUUCUAGUGCCAUAAUAACCUUCUUUAGAACAGGUGUCCAAAAUUGCACAGCAUAUUCAAUAUGUGGUCUUACCAGUGAUUUAUAAAAAGGCAAAAUGAUAUUCUCGUCCCGAGAAUGAAUGCCCUUUUUCAUGCAUGACAAUACCUUACUGGCCUUGGCCACUGCUGAUUGACAUUGCACAUUGUUGCAUAGUUUGUUGUCUAUAACAAUUCCCAUGUCCUUUUCAUGUGUUGUUAUCCCUAAUUCGCUUCCAUUAAGGGUAUACGUUGCUUGUGUAUUCUUUACGCCGAAGUGCAUAACAUUGCAUUUUUCAACAUUAAAUUUCAUCUGCCAUUUGAGUGCCCAGUCCCCCAGUCUAUCUAAAUCCCUCUGCAGCAAAGUAAUAUCUUACAUUGUAUUACUUUACAGAGUUUUGUGUCAUCUGCAAACACUGAAACAUGACUUUCAAUGCUGUCCUCAAGAUCAUUUAUAAAAAUGUUAAAUAGAAGGGGUCCCAGAACAGACCCCUCAGGGACACCACUUGCCACUUCUGUCCAGCUUGAAAAUUUACCAUUAAUGACAACUCUUUGUACUCUGUUUUUAAGCCAAUGUUCUACCCAAGAACAAGCAUUUUCAUCUAGACCGAUUUCCUUGAGUUUGAACACUAAUCUAUUGUGUGGAACUGUAUCAAAUGCCUUGGCAAAAUCCAAAUAGAUCACAUCCACUGCAACACCCUGAUCUACACUUCUACUUACUUCUUCGUAGAACACAAUCAAGUUAGUUUGACAUGACCUGUGCUUCAUAAAACCUUGCUGAUUUUUGCUGAUAACCAUGUUCUUCUCAAGGAAUUCUUGAAUAUUAUCCCUUAAUAACCUUUCAAAUAUUUUCCCAGCCACAGAAGUUAAGCUCACAGGUCUAUAAUUUCCAGGCAAGGAUUUUGAACCUUUUUGAAUAUAGGAACCACAUCUGCCUUCCUCCAAUCCUCUGGAACACUUCCUGAAAGAAAAGAAUCUUGAAAGAUUAAAAACACUUAGUUCCUUAAGUACUCGUGGAUGGAUACCGUCAGGCCCUGGAGCUUUGUUUAUAUUAACUUUCUUUAGUUGCUGCAGCACCUUGUCUUGAGUUAACCAAUUACAAUUAUUCUGCAAGUUUUUAGUAGCAAUCAUUUGCACAUCUAUUGCCAUGGGUUCUUCCUUAAUAUAUACGGAGGAGAAAUAGUUAUUUAAAAUUCCUGCCUUUUCCUGGUCUUCAUUAACUAACACACCCGUUUCAGUUUUUAGUGUACCUACACUUUCAUUUUUGGGUUUUUUAGAAUUUAUGUACUUAAAAAAUGCUUUGGGGUUGGUUUUGCUCUCUUUAGCUAUCAUUUUUUUCAUUUUGAAGUUUAGCAAAUCUAAUUGCCUUUUUGCACGCAUUAUUUGCUUCCUUAUAUCUUUUAUAAGAUGCAUCUGAUUUGUCCGAUUUAAAUGCUUUAAAUGCCCUUUUCUUAUUUUUAAUCUCUUGUUUUACUUCUCUACUAAGCCACAUUGGUUUUAAUUUGUUUCUUUUAUAUUUAUUUCCCAAUGGUACAUACUGAGAAAUGUACCUUUCUAAUAUUUGUUGGAAGAUUAUCCAUUUAUUAAUAACAUAGUAUAGGUACAUAAUUUAAGUACAGUAUAUCAAAAUAGGAACUAUUGUCAGGUUCAUUUUACAUCGGAUAUCAUAUUUCAGUUAGAACAGUGGUCCUUUUCAUAAAUUGCAAUGCUGUUUUGUAUUGAUACCGUGUGUAUCCAAUUGAGCUUGUCAGGUGCGAGAUCAAGGUGGUUAUACUAAUUUUCAUAGGUACAUUUAGGUUGCAUGCUUAAUAACGUUAAUCUUCUUCAUCGUUUGUCGAUAAAUAUGAGAGUGUGGUGUGAUGCAAUGUAGUGUGUUAUGGGUUAAGAGGGUCAUUGUAUAGGGAGUAUAAGUAGGUUAGCAUAGUACAAAAUAACCAAAACAAAAGAGAUUAAAAUAAAUUAAUGUGGAUUAUAGUAAGUUAAGUUAUAUUAUAUUAAAGAUCCCCACAUAUUGUGUGGACCUCCGUGUGUGUUAUCCCUGUCCCCGGUGUGUCAGUAUUACUUAACGUGUCAGAUCCAUGGAGGGUUAUCUCUUGCGUUACUGUGGUGAGAUAGCUCCCAUUCUUCUUUACGUGAUGUCCCCUGUGUCUCAAAUGGUCCAUCAAGCCUCCGGUCUAUUUCCCUGAUUGGUCUAUAUGAUGCUAGGGUGUCAUGUUUCGGGGAUGAUGAGUGAGGGGAGAUACUUAAUAGGAUGUAUGUAGUGGUGGGAAUAUGACGUGUGGGUGUCCAGAGUCUUCCAUUAAGGGACAUAAUAUUUUGCUGUACGUGGUUCAGGAAUAUGGCUGUUGUCUUGGGUGGUAAUUAGUUGACCAAAUUUCGGCCCUUCGGUAUUGUGUUUUGGGCUUCCUUUAAAGUCCGAGUUAGCUGUUACUGUUCCGCGUUGUAGUGUCGGAGUUGUUAUGGUGAAUUUGUUAAGUCAGUUUUCGCCGAGUUUUCAUCAAGCUGUAACAUCGUUGGGAUUGCUAAACAUGUCUCGUUGUGUCCCUCUAUACCUGCGUUUUUAAUGAGGUCCGGGUUCCCUAUCUGUGGUGUGUGAUGGCCCUAUACCCCGUCUCCUAUGUCUUAGGGUCCGUGCAGGGGUAGUGUUUGAUCUUUCUCCGGCUAGUUGUAUGUACGCGAUUUUUUUGCAUGUGUCCCAUUGUCUGUUCUAUCUAUGUUGUUCCCCUGUCUGAAAUAUUUGUAUUGUAGUCUGUGUGUUAGGUGUGGCUCGUAUAUCCACCAGCGCAAGAUGGUGGUUAUGGAUCAUAGCGUAGGGUGCUGUGAGGGCUGCCCCGUCCCCCAGCCCCAACCACCCACUGACACCCCCCUAUGUACUCGCACAGAAGGUAAACCAUGGCGCCCAGGUCUCUGCCUAUUUUGCUAGUCUCCCUGCCAUUUCCACCUGAAGUGCUCCUGCUGCCCUAAUAUCCUCAACUCUGUGGAUCCAUUCCCCCUGUUUGGGGAUGUCCGUUUUCUUCCAGUACACCGGUAUGAGUGAUUUAGCUGCGUUUAACAAGUGGCGCAGAAUUGAUUUUUUGUACUUGGACAGUGGUUGUGAGGAAAUGUGUAGUAAGGCUAGUUCUUCUGACCAUUCAAUAUCGAGGAUCAAUUGAAUGUCUGAUUUGAUACGAUUCCAGUACGGGGUGAUAUGGCUGCAUUCCCACCAGAUGUGCAGGAGUGUCCCUCUGUCUUCCUGGCAUCUCCAGCAUGUUGUGGGGAAGAUCUUGUGUAGCAAUACCGGUGUUCUAUACCACAUGGAGAUCAGCUUAUAGUUGACCUCUUGAUAGUGUGAACUGGAGGAGCUUUUCUGUUGCCAUAUCAAGGCUUUGUCCCAUUGUGUCGGUGUGAAUGUUUUGUCCAUGGCUCUCUCCAAGUGCCGCUAGAAGGUGUUGUUCUCUGAGGUGGGACUGGUCAGUAGGUGUUGGUAGAGGGUCGAGACAGAUUUUUCAAGUGAGGUUCCUCGUGAGCAAAGGUCUUCGAACCAUGUUAGAUCUCUUUGUACUUUUUCUGGAAGCGAAUUGUAAUUGUGCUUUAGUUGCAUGUAUUUGAAAACCGCCAUAGGGGACCGUGGUCGUUCUUCAAACAGUGUGUCUAGUGUCCUCAUGUUGCCUUCCCGGAUGACUUUGCAUAUUGGGAUGUAGUCUGCUUCGCCUAGAAAUGUCCAGGCAUCCGCAGGUAAUCCACCACCCAAGGUUAGGGUUGUGUGUUAUCAGGAGUAAAAGGCAGGGGGUCAGGGAAACUUGUGGUGUUUCCCUGAGUGUUUCCCAGGUGAGUAGUGUUUGUGCAACGGGAUCCUCAUCCCUUCUCCCGUUACCCCCGGUCGCUCGUCUUCUCCAUACCAUGGCCUUUAAUUUCGUUGCGUCUCCGUCCCAAUCUAAACCCACCCAUUGUUUGAUCGUUUCCGAUUCGUGCCAUUCCAGGAUUUGCUGUAGCGUUGUAGCUUGGUGAGAUUUUUUAAAGUCUGGCAGUGCUAGCCCCGUGUCUGGGCAUGCAUAGUAAAUCGUGGCGCAGUCUGGAUCUUUCUCCCCUCCAUACAUUUUUAAUAACCGCCGAUUUCAGAGUCGUGAAAAAUGUCUCCGGUAGUGCUACCGGUAUGGUCUGAAAUAGGUAAAGCACCCUCGGGGGUAUAUUAAUUUUAAGUACCGCUAUGUGGCCGUGCCACGGAAUGUGUGGGUAGGCCCAUCUUUUCAGAUCUAGUUUGAUUUUCUGCAGGAGUGGGGCGAAAUUGCGCCGAUAAAUCUCUUGUGGGUUUGUGGGCACCCAGAUGCCGAGAUACCUCAUCGCUUCUGUGCACCAGCGAAAUGGGAAGAGCGAGCCGAAAGUUUCGUACUCUACCAUAGGCAUGGUGAUGUUCAGCGCCUCGCAUUUCGCCUGGUUGAGCUUGAAUCCUGAUAUCCGGACCAAUUUAUCUAUUUCCUAUAGUAGGCACGGUAGUGUGAUCCGUGGUUGGGAGACAAAGAAUAGGAGGUCGUCCGCGUAUGCGGCCACUUUAUGUUCCGUAGCAUACCAGGGGGUUCCAAGGAUAAAACCUUUACAAAUUCUUGUGGUCCCGUAUUGCCUGUAGGAGGGGCUCCAGGGAUAGGGCGAACAAGAGAGGCGGCAGGGGGUAGCCCUGACUGGUUCCAUUUGCGAUCCCAAAGCUUGUAGUCAGUGCUCCAUUAACGCGUACUGCCGCCCUCGGUGUGCUAUACAAGGUGGAUAUCCAUGCCAUGGUUCUCUGUCCUAUGCCCAUAUCCCGGAGCGUUCGGGUCAUGUAUGUUCCGUUAACCAAACGCCUUCUCCGCAUCUGUGGAUAAUAGCAGGAGGUGUUUCUGGUAUUUCCGUACAUGAUGUUGUAUGGCGAACAGGCGUAGUGUACUAUCCCUUGCUUCUCAGCCCGGUAUAAACCCCAUCUGGUCUAUGUGAACAAGUACCCGUGGAAGUUUGGUCGCCAAUACUUUUGUAAGGAGUUUUGUGUCCACAUUCAGCAGGGAGAUCGGGCGGUAGCUGCUGCAUUGUUCCGGGUCCUUCCCGGGUUUAAAUAGGACAGUUAUAGUUGCUGUCAGGGAUUCCAUGCCAAAGUGUCCUCCCUCUGCCACUUUGUUGAUCGCCUUUGUCAGCCAUGGUAACAGUAUUGUUGCGAAGUGUUUGUGGUAUCCCGUGGAGCACCCGUCCGGUCCUGCUGCUCUUCCCGUUUUCGUGUUUUUUUAGUGCCGCGGCUAGGUCUUCCGUGCCAAUUGGUUCGUCAAGCAUGGACGCUGCCUCUGGGUUCACUCGUGUCCGCACGUUGUCUUGUAGGUAAUUCCGUAUGUGCAGUGAUGAGUCCCGUCCUUGAGUCGAGUUCUCCGGUGCCUGAAGAUUGUAGAGGGAGUUGUAGUAGUCCCGGAAUUCUCCAGCUAUGUCAUCUGGGUAUGGGGAUAGUCUGCCCGAUGACAAUCGAAGUUUUCAUACUUGUGUGCGUGACAUAAGCAUAUCGCCUUUUAAGAGGCGGGCGAGGAACUUCCCUCCCUUGUUCGCAUGGGUAUAGAAAAAGUUUUUAGAUCUUUGGAGCGAGCGGAGGUACUGCUGCGUGAGGAGAGUCUUCAGUCGUCGCCAUUAAUUCCCCAUAUAUUUCGACUAGGUGGGAACGUUUGUGUUGGAGUUCUAGGCGAGUUGGUGCCGUAUAUUUCUGUCAUCUCGCGUGUUGCUUCCUUCCUCUUACGGGUUGCGAUGCUGAUAAGGGUGCCACGUAUAACAGACCGGGGAUAUAUCUUCCGUACCAUUUUCUCUAAAGUAUGUUUCCAGUGCUUGGGAGACUUCCCCUCUCACUCCGAGAUCCUGGAGUAUUGAUUCGUUCAGGCGCCAUGUCCAAGUUGCUGGUUUAAACAAGGGGGAUUCUAGUUCCACCUGGACUGAUCCAUGGUCCGACCAUGUGGCAGAUUCUAUGGAGGCGGAGCGUAGGCGAGAGAGACCUUCCUGUCGAAUCAACAAGUAGUCUAUUCGGGAAUAGCGAUUGUGUAGUGCUGAAUAGUGUGUGUAGUCCUUGCUGGUGGGAUGAAUCGUCAUCCAGCAGUCAACCAGUGCCAGCUCUCCCAGUGAUUUGCGGAUGGAUCUGAUGUGAGGUUGUGAGAGGCAACUAUGGCCAGUUGAUGAGUCCAUCAGUGGGUCCAGUGGGGCAUUAAAGUCCCCUCCCACAAUCAGUGCCCCCUCCGAGAAUCCUUAUAGCUUGUUUAGUGUCCCCCUGAGAAAUUGUGCUUGUUUUGAAUUGGGUACAUAUAUGGUUGCAAAUGUGUAUACUCUGUCGGCUAUCACACCUUUUAUGAAGAGAAAUCGUCCUAGGUCAGCUGCCAUCAAUAUAGCAACUCCUGCCCGGCGUGUCUCCAGGUGGUUGUUGCAGUAGCCGAUAGGGUGGUAAGUGCUCCGGAGUUUGGGAGCAGAGCCCUCCCUAAAAUUAGUCUCCUCUGGCAUUGCUAUUGAUAUGUGUUUCUUUCGCAGUACCCUCAGUAGGUGUGUGCGAUGUUCCGGUAUAUUCAGGCCUCUGCAAUUGAGUGUCAUGAUGGACAGGGGAGUGUUUUGGUGCGCCAUGGUCCCUCCCGCGGUCGAGUGUGCCUGCCCGUAAGGGGCGCGCCCGUGAGAGGCGAAAAGCCGGGCCGACGGUGCAUCCCAGUGGGAAUGGCUUCGCGGGUGUUAAGUGUAGUCGCUAGUAUGCACUUUACAGGCCUGUGUAGGGUUGGGUGUCAGAGUUCCCUGUCCGUCACCGUUUACUUUUGGGUCUCUGUGGGUGUGUCGUCCCUUGUUAAUUGUAUCCCGUAGGACGGUUCCGUGCCUAAAUGUAUAAAUGGGCAAGAUCAGGCAGAAAAGGUCCGUCAGGGUUUCUUCUAUGUCCUCUUCAUCCUCUGUUUCUGGUAUUCCGCGUACCCGUAUAUUGCACCUGCAUCCGCGAUUGUCUAGGUCUUCGAUCGAUGUCCUUAGCUGUAGGAGUAGGUCACCUUGUUUCGCAAGGGCUGUAUCUGUCGCCGGUUGUCUUGCAGUCUGGGCCUCGUGGGAGUGUUCCAGCUCCUGAAUUCGGGUCCCCUGUGCCGUGACUUCCGUCCGGAUUCUGGCCAUUUCAGCGCGCAGUGCGUCCUGUAUCGUAGUGUAAGGACCAGGAGGUCCGCUUUCGUGGCCAUGGAGGCCGAUAUUGUGCGAAUUUCUUCCCCAAUGCCCUCGAGGGUAGAGGUAGGGGGACCUCCGGGCGAGGAGGAGGGGGGCACCAUCUUGGAGCCUCCGGCCUCGUCGUGUGUUUCAGCUGGCGUCUGUAGAAAUCCGUCCAUCGGACCAAACGAUUGGCUUGGUUGAGGUCCCCUGGGGUCCUGGGGGGAUCACCUCUUCGGUUCCAUCCCAUUAGAGCUGAUAAAGGCUGAUUAAUAGGGCUUUUUAGGGGCCGGUGGAGCAGAGCUCACUGCUUAAGCGUCCAUCCCGGUCGAUGUCCAAGCCACGCCCUUAACUAAUUGAAAUUGGCCUUUUAAAAAUUAUAUGUUUUAGUAUACCCCAUGUGCUUUUGGGUUUUUUGAGUUUAUUUCAAAGGACACUAUAUUGUGAUCACUAUUUCCCAAGUGCUCACCUACUUGAAUGUUGGUGAAAAGAUCAACGUUGUUUGUUAAAACCAGGUCCAGACAAGCGUCCAUUCUAGUUGGUGCUUGUACAAAUUGUGACAUGAAGGUGUUAUUUAACAAGUUUAAAAACCUAAUUCCCUUUGCUGAGCUACUAGUCCCUCUGUCCCAAUUUAUGUCCGGGUAAUUGAAAUCUCCAAUAAUUAAAGUGUUACCCAGAUUUGCAGCUUUCUCAAUUUGCUUAAACAGCUGUUGUUCCUCGUCAAUAUUAACAUUAGGUGGUUUAUAACAUAUCCCAACCAAUAGUUGGUUUCCCUUCUUUUCCCCCAAGCAGAUAUUUACCCAUUGUGGCAAAACUAGCCACUUAAGAAUGUAGUUGUAUAAAUGUGUUUCUAUAGCUUUAAGGUUGUUAGAACCAAGUGUAUUCAUGUAUCUGCAUUUCAGGCGAACAAGAGCAUUCGUAUGCUGGAGUUUCACGAACAGUGAAUUUCAACACUGUUCGUGAAACGAAUAAACUACCGAAUGGGCGACCACACACAGGAGGUCGUGUGGCGCCCAUUAACCGAUUGCAACAUUGUUGCAAUUGGUAGUUAAGUGCUUUCUUAGGUGGCCGUCAUUCGGCCACCAACCACGCCGCGGUCGGCCAUCUUGGAUCCUUUGUUAGCCCAGCGGUAUUUGGUCGUCGAGCGCCUGGAACUAAAAUCGGCUACUCGACGGCACGAAUACCGCUGGACUUCCAGGCCGUUCGGGAGCCCCGGGCAUUUGGUAGUUUGUUCCCCUAAUGUCAAUUGGUACUUUGGAUGUAACUUGAAUAUAAUGUGUGUUUUGCGCGGCGUUCGGUUAGUUAUGCUGGGAUCUGAGCGGUAUUCUCAUGAACUGUACGCCCAGACCCCAGCUAUCUACCGAACGUCCAUUCAUUUAAAUAGAGUGAAUAAUGUGAAAGUUAUAGAUUUUUAUGUGAAAUAUUGGUUCUGCUGCACGGAGGGAUAAUCCACUUAACUGUAUAUUCUAGUGGGAGUAUCCCUCUCGUCCAGCAGUGCAUGAUGGGGAAAAUGUCCAGGUUGUUAAGUCCCCCAUGUAGUCCCCUACUGUAUAACCCCUGCAAUGUCAGUAGGGAAACCCCUUGCAUGGGGACUUGCAUACAUACUGUGACCUGUGAAUAAAACCUCAGUUGACUCCCAGCCUAUGUGUCAUCUAGUUCUUGGGAGGGAAGGAUUCUUACAACGCUACUGGGAUUAUUGUAUGCUGUAUUCAUUUACCUGGGUUAUUUUAUGCUGUUCCUGUUACCCAGUGGAGAUACUGUGGAUUAUACUACCUCUCCGCUAAACCCAUAAAGCUUUAACAUUUUAAAAGUUCCACAAGUAUCCACUUGAUAUUCUGAAUUUGUAAAGGUUUUAUCCUUGGAACCCCCUGGUAUGAAUGUAGUACAUUUAUAUGUAAAGUGAAUCAUUAUGUAUUUGUGUUUGAGUGAUUGAAUAUUUAAAUGUAAAUUUAUAUAAAUUGUAUGUGUUAAAUAAUUUAAAUAAAGAAAUAUUGAAAUAAAAAAUAAAAUAAAAAACAUUUAAGCAACUGUGGGUAAAAUGAGAGUUCACAAGCAAUAAACUACCUAUAAACCGUAUGUAUAAUUUUUUUUUAAAAUGUAUACUUAUGUGAACAUGUUUAAUCUCGAUAUGUAUACUAUAAAAUCAGGCGCUUGUUUUAUAAUAUUUCUUAAAACACUUCUGAAUUCACAAGGUAUUAGGACCUUCUGCACGCCGAUUUAUAAGCAUGUUACUGCACGUUUUAGCAAUUUGGAUCUCGUGAUAUACCCAUAAACACUCUAUUAUUACUGUGGAUCUCUGUGUACCCGCAAAACAGAAUUCUGUAAUAUCACUACCUGUGAUAAAUCACUUAUUCUACACAUGACUGUCAGUUUUAUUGUAUUUAAGGGUUGUGAUACAUCCACAUACAUUACUUUUAAGUUAAAUUUCUGUGGAAAUACAAGAAGAGUUACCCAUCUAACAUGACUUUGUAUUUCACAGAUCUGUUGAUAUUAUGACCUUUAACUUUCUUUUCAUUUAGGACCAUAUCUAUAUUUUGCGCUGGAGUACCUGAGUGGUGGGGAGCUUUUUGACUACCUCGUGGAGAAUGGAAGGCUGGAUCUCCCAACCACAAUGUAAGACAGAUAGUGUUUGAAAGAAACAGGGCACUAGGACAGACUGAAAUAUUAGAAGGCACAAUAAACAGGGCACUAGGGCAGACUGAAAUAUUAGAAGGCACAAAGAAUUUUUAACAAAAAGAGGCUCCAGAUAAAUAAAUAUACAAGGAGGUGUUAAAAAAGGAGGUAAUGAAAAAGGGACCUAAUAAAGGUGACCAAAUAGACUCUUGAUUUUAAAGUUUUAUCUGAGCACCCUGUCCCAUCCAAGCCUUCAUUUUAUCAUCAUUGUUCUGAAACACAUACUGGGAACUAUAGUGGUACAUUCUCCUAGCUGGGGAACAACAAUACCAAUAUAUCAACUUUUUAAAAGGAACAUUCUGCACAACAUAGCCACUACUGCUUAUUGUAGAAUGCUUAGUGUCUGUGGCUGGCACCCUUCCAGCCCUCAGAGACUAUCAGGGUUAAUCACUAAAGUCAGAAUGGCCCUGUACCAAAUGGGGCCAUUCGGACUGCAAAAUCCAGACAUCGUUGCUUAAAUUAAAUUUACCAAUGACUGAAAAUUGUAAAUCAGGCACCGAACGGACCUGAAUUUGGUCUGGAUUUUAGCUGUACCAAAUGUCUGAAAUCCUGACAAAAUGAAAUAAAUCUAAGCAGCGGAGUCCCUUCGUUUAAUACAAGUGAUUAAAAUUUCUAUUGAAAAUUUAUUGAAAAGUAACAAGGUUUUUAAAUGCAGGGCAGUAUUAGAACCGUGUGCUUAUCCCAUCGUGUCCUAGUAAUCUUUUGAUUACUAGAUUGAUGUUUCUCUAUAAUAAAUUAUACUGUUUAACCAAGUUUUUUAACCAUCAAUCAUUUUUCAUCAGAUUAUUCGCAGCACAGAUAGUUUGUGGCCUGUAAUUCCUCCAUGCAAACUGCAUUAUUCACCGGUAAUUAACAGUGCUCCUACAUUAUUAUUUACAAAGUGAUUUCUGCUUCCCACUUAUCUAUAUAAUCUAGCUGUAAUCUUUUCUGUGCUUUGCAAUUGAGUUUAGAUUAAAGGCACGCGAUAGGCACCCAAACCACUUCAUCUUAUUGAAGUGGUCUGAUUUCAGUAUCCCUGUCCCCCUUAGUCAUGCAAUGUAUAUCAUUGCAGUUUUAGAGUACUAAGUUUGCCUCUAUUGGCAGUCUACUAGACAUCCACUAGAGGGACCUCUGAGGGUUUUACAGAGUUUGACAUCGUAAAAUGAUGCUGGACAUCUUCACACUCUGUAUAAGGAUGUCCAUUAGAAAAAAAGCCAUAGGAAAGCAUUGAGGCAAGGGUUACCUAUGAGGGAAAACCUAAUGUGUAUGUGCAGCGCUCACCUCCCCAUUGGAUAAAGUUGGAAGGAUUCUUGGUGCUUUAAUCGGGUAAGUGAAUAAAGGAUUAUUUAACACUUUAAAAUGCUGGGAGUGAGCCACUGGGUUAGAUGAACACGUUAGUGUUAGGAUGACAUGUUUGUAUUCCUGACGCUAAAGUGAUCCUUUAAUUAAACAACUGAAGAGCCGUUAGAUCUAUGGUAAAGGCAGGAGGCUCUCCAGCUGCAGCGGGGCUAGAAGUCUCACUAUGUUCCAGGGCCAUCUUGAAAGAGUUACGUGUGUUGCUGGAUAAGCAUCAUAGGAGCUGUAGUUUCAUAAUAACUGGAUACCCACAUGUGUGAUCUGGUACACAUGAGAUUAUUUGAAAUCUCAAUGCUUGCAGCCUAUUGUAUGAUAGUACUGAUUUCCAUGUGUAUUUUUGUGAUACUUUUCACCGUCACUGACAAGUUGAACUGUGUCUAUGGCAAUAUAGAUAUAUACAAAAACCAAAACAAACAUAAAACAUGUUCCACUUGCACAGUGGACCUAUAGCUAAAGCAAGGCAAAAACUCAUAUCCUCAUUCACUUAUUUAUCCCUAUCAUUAACCUCUUCACCACCACCAAUACAUAUAUACAUGGGCUUGCUUUCAUUUUACAUUAAAUAAAGCCACACGUGUGAAAAAUUACAGCCAGACCUGGAAUGAGAAUAAAAGAAGCAAUGAAUUUAAUAAAAAAAAAAAAAAAAUUAUUAUUAUUGUCGAUGUACAGUGAUACAUUUACAGAUAUUAACAAAGUAGCUGUGUAUUUGACAGUCUCAAACUGGCUGAUAUACACAAAAAAUAGCACCCCAGACAAGAAAAUGUAAAUAUCUGACAGAAUAUCAUACAUAUUGUAGGCUGCAUAUUUUAAAUUAUAGUAGACGAUUAACUAAAAAUAUAGCUACUCGAGAUAUAGCUUAAAGGAAAAGAACAACAUAUAGCUACAACUCUGCUUAUGCAGGAAAAUACCACUGGAUGUUUGGUGAUAGGCCCCAACAUGAAUAAAGGAUUACUCCAACUACCAUGACCACUUCUGCUUUCUGAAGCAUUCAUGGUGGUAGGUGUCUGAAUGUGCAGGGUUUCAGCUUGAAGCACAUCCUGAAUAAUUUGCAUUUGUAUGCUGCGGCAAGAUGCACCCCCUGCACACAUGACAUUGGCAUCCCAGAACUCUAUUCCACUUCUCUGCAUAUUUUAAAUCUCAGCACGUAGUUCCCGCUGGCGACAGACGUAAUGUGGUUAUAGUUUGAUUGUGUCCCAUCCCAGAAGCCUUACCACCUCCAGAUGGCAUCAAUUCAUUAUUUUUUUUAUUCCCUCCCUUACUUCCUCCUUCAAAACCUCUUCUUGCUGGCUCAAAUUGGGCGCAUGCACACAUGGAAAUCAGUACUAUCAUACAAUAGCUAAAUGGUCCAAUCAAAUGCUUCUCUAUACAGAUGAGUAAAACAUAUUUUAAAUCUAUUUAACCAGCAAUAGAGGGAGGACAUACAGAAUAAUACCCAAUAGGGCUGACGACAUGUUUACCAGCGGCCUUAGCUCUAUACAUUGUGAGGAGUCACUGCCUGUUGUCGCUCCUCGAAGCGCCAGCCAUUACUGGUGCCCAAGCACACAUUAGCUGUCCCCAGGCUAAAUAGAGUUACCAGAAAAUUUCCCACUGUGCCAGUUUAGCCCUGAAUAAACCCCAGCUAACCUUCAUCAUUGUUCCUGUCUUUUUACUGGGGUUUGGUCAGUAUAUCUACCUUUUGCACUGUAAAAUGAUGGAAGGCAUCUUCUAUAGAGACAAACAGAGCUCUGAUUCUUUCUUUUUACAGUGUUAUAAAACCAGAAAACAUCUUAAUGGACGGAGCAGGCCAUCUGAAGAUCUGUGAUUUUGGGCUUGCAUUGGAGAAUAUGUGUAUAAAAACAGCAAUUGGAGAAGCAGGCACACUGUGCUACAUCGCUCCUGAGGUGAGGGACUGACCACAGCUAGUGUGAGUUAAUCUUUAAAUUACAUGAUCAUUGUGACAAAGUGCCCUUCGCCACUUGUGCCUGGAGAGUACUAAUUGCCAGCCUCCUGCCCUGCGACUAUGGCCCCUGGGAGAUUUUGCUCUUUAAAAACGUUAUUUGGGCAUAUUGGAUUUUAUUGUACUCGGUCUGCCCCUUUAAAUUAUAUUGGAGCAGCCUGCAGCUUUAAAUUGUGAAAAAAAAACCCUGUUUUAUUCCCCCCUCCACCCCCCUCCUAGAACACCAGUUAAACCCUUAAUAUCUUGUUACAUUCAAACUCUGUCUGACCUUAUAACUGUCAUAUAUUCAAACACUGACUGAACUUAAAGGACCACUAUAGGCACCCAGACCACUUCAGCUUAAUGAAGUGGUCUGGGUGCCAGGUCCAGUUAGGUUUAACCCUUUUUGCUGUAAACAUAGCAGUUUUAGAGAAACUGCUAUGUUUACCUAUGGGUUAAUCCAGCCUCUAGUGGCUGUCUCAUUGACAGCCGCUAGAGGCGCUUCUGCGCUUCUCACUGUGAUUGUCAGUGACGGUGAAAAGUAUCACAAAUAUGCACAUGGAAAUCAGUACUAUCAUACAAUAGGCUGCAAGCAUUGAGAUUUCAAAUAAUCUCAUGUGUACCAGAUCACACAUGUGGAUAUCCAGUUAUUAUGAAACUACAGCUCCUAUGAUGCUUAUCCAGCAACAGUGAGAAGACGCCAGCGUCCAUAGGAAAGCAUUGAGAAUGCUUUCCCAUGGACUGGCUGAAUGCGUGCGCAGCUCUUGCCUCACAUGCGCAUUCCGCCAGGGACGUCAGAAGAGGGAGGAGAGUCCCCAGCCCCGAGGGAGCUCAGCGCUGGAAAAAAAGUAAGGGAUUAACCCCUUCCUCCCCCUUUAGCGCCACGGGAGUGGGACCCUGAGGGUGAGGGCACCCUCAGGGCACUAUAGUGCCAGGAAAACGAGUAUGUUUUCCUGGCACUAUAGCGGUCCUUUAACUGUCAUUUUGUUUUCUUCUGAGGAGGAGUUGUUUUGCUGCAUGAGUGCUGUUGCUUUUGUGUGCUCAUUUAACAGACCUGCUUGACCCUUUCUUGAAGCCUUGGCUCAUGGUUGGGGGAUGGGAUAAGUCUGCAGUGCUGAUGGUGUCGGUUGGAGUGCAUGGAGUCCUCGGCAAGCACUAGGAGCAUCGAUUGGCGGAGGUACUCGGUCGGAGUGCCAGCAGGUCCGUCACAAUCAUCAACCACAUUCUAACUAUUAAGUCAAGAGGAAGACAAAUUCACCUUCAGUUGUGUAUAGAUCUAGUUGACAGCAAAUGUACUGAUAUAAUUAAAUUUCAUUCUUGAAGGUGCUUCCACUUUGCAUAAAAAUAUCUAAAAAUAAAGUGAAACUGCAAAACCAAGAUGCUUCUUCCAAAACAGGUAAAAAAUAAAUAAAACAAGUAAAGGUGGAGGAAGACGGAGCGAACAUCAACGUAGAUGUUAUGCGUGCUGUAUAUGCUUUGAGACUCUCGACUACAAUGACUUGAGUUGUGGCACUCUAACCCUGUUGAUCAAGACAGUUUCCCACUUCCACUGUCUCCAGGCUACAGCUAUUAAAAUGGAUAAUUAGAUUUCAAGAGAUCCCAGAAGGAGAUCCCUAGAUUGGGAAAUAGAUACUAUUUGGUAACAGAGUAAUUCACUUUGUUACUUAUUCAGUAGUUUAUUAGGCUUUGUUUAUGUGUUGCCAAAAUGAAAACUGACCUUCUACUGAAUAAGUACCAAAGUGGAUUAAUUACUCUGUUGCCGUAUCUAUUUCCCUUCAUUCUAUCACAGCUGCAUUCACUCUUUGGACUGUAAAGUGUUACUUAUAAAUACCAAUCUAGGUUUAAAUCCCUACAGACGAAGAUAAAUAAAUUUAUAUGGGCAAAUAAAAGGGCGAGAAUCAAACGCCAAACAAUGCAUGUCCCAACUAAAGCAGAAGGUCUUGGAUACCAAUCUUUAAUCACUACUACCAUGCCGCUCAACUAGCUCAAGUCCAGAACCUCCAAGCGCCCUACGGCAUCAAGAGAUGGGUGGACCUGGAACACACCAUCUUUGGCAGAGACUUCCCGUCCUUUUAUAUUUGGCUACUUCCCCUCACCUCCCCGGCGGUCACAACAUCAAUUAGGACAUAGGACAAAUUAACAAUCAACUCCAAACUCACGUCUGACCCCUCACCACUCAUGCCAAUCCUGCGGAACGCGCAAUUCACCCCAGGCAUGCACCCUAAAGACCACUUUGAGGACAAUGACCUCACUAGACUCUACUUCUUUGCCAACCAUUCUAUCACAGCUGCAUUCACUCUUUGGACUGUAAAGUGUUACUUAUAAAUACCAAUCUAGGUUUAAAUCCCUACAGACGAAGAUAAAUAAAUUUAUAUGGGCAAAUAAAAGGGCGAGAAUCAAACGCCAAACAAUGCAUGUCCCAACUAAAGCAGGAGGUCUUGGAUACCAAUCUUUAAUCACUACUACCAUGCCGCUCAAGUCCAGAACCUUUCCUGGACCUCCCACGACCCAACUCACUUACAACCCUUGAUCUUUUUCGCCACAUUCAAAUCGAAAGCUUUCUCAGUACCCUUAUAAACAGCAGAGCAGGCACCAUCCCUCUAACGCCAUUCGAAAGGGCCUGUAUGCACCACCCUACCCAAAAAGGACAAAUAUCUAUGCUUUACGUGCUAAUCACCCAUAACCUACAAGACGGCACCCUCUCAUACAUGGCGGCUUGGGAGAUGGACUUGGGACCGAUAGGGGACCCUAGAGACUGGAACGACAUCAGGGAAGCCACCGCAAAGAUCACCAUUUGCGUCAAUCAUAAGGAACAAGCGUAUAAGAUGCUCAUGAGAUGGUAUGUCACCCCUCUACGAUUAAAGCAGAUGAGCAGGACAGACACAGACAGGUGCUGGAAAGGAUGCAGGAACAAGGGAACAUACAUACAUCUUUGGUGGGAAUGCGAACACGUAGCACACGUAUGGCGCCAAGUAUCACAAAUGACCUCCUGGGUACUACACGCAGUAAUCCCAAUGUACCACUGGACAUGGCAACUAUAUAAACCCCUCCAUAAUACUCCACAAGCACAAAACAAACUCAUCAUCAAAAUAGCCCUGGUGACAAGACGUGCGAGAGCUGAAAAAUGGGGAAGCCCGGACACACCUAGCCUGGACACCAUUAAACUUAAAAUAAACGAUACCAUAAAUACCAAUCUAGGGAUCUCUUUCUGUGAUCUCUUGAAAUCUAAUCAUUCUAAGUUAAUUAGGGUUAAGCCUUAGGGUGGAAUUGGUACCACCAAUGCUGACCAACCCUUACUAGUAAUAUAGACUGGAUAAUAAGUUUUCUAGUAAUUUGAUAAUUAAAGGGAUAUCCUUGACCUUAUGAAGAACAUCUGUACUUUCUUUAACCCUGACUUAGCCGUACUUUUUAGCCCUAUCUGAUCUUAGCCCUAUCUGAUCAGGCCAACAGGCCUUCAAGGUACAACAUACCUCUCACUUCCAACAGUCACUUGGGUCUUUGCAAGCUAGAAUUGAUUGCCUAGAUGACGCCAGCAGGCAUAAGAAUAUAAAUGUCAGAGGAAGUCACUCUCUUUGACGCUUGUUUACUUUCCUCCUGUCGUGGAGAUCCUCCCUAUCCUCGAUUACCAUGUGGUUACGGGACUCAAACAUCCGAUAAAAAUAGGAAACAAACCCAAAUAGACAAUGCCAAUGAGGCUCAAAACAACCUGUCACACGGGGAUAACUCGGCGGCAUUCCUACAAGCUUAUGGGCUGCACCAAGGUUUCCGGGUUUGUAAUAAAGCUGCCUGUUUCACACAAUUGGGCCCCCUUCCAUCCAUCCGUUUGUUCCACUGGAAGCUGGUAGACUUGUACAAGUAUGACAUUAUUUGGUGGGGGGGCUCCUCCUUUUGCUUAAUUUUAUGUUUAUUGUAUGUUAUUAAUUUUUUAUUUGGUAGCUUAUAUCUAGUGUGCUAGACUUAUACCAUUAGUUUAGCACUAUUUUUCUGUGGAGUAUAUUGUGAGAGUGCCCACCCAACAAACCUCCCCCCUGCUCUGGGUUUAACAAGCAUUUUAAUUCACUACUGUGACCCACCCAAGGCUUCUCGAGUUGAUAAUACCAGGUCCCUGGGAUAUCCCAGACCCCUAUUAAUUUCCACCAGGGCACAGUUUGGUACUUUUUCCUUUUCGAUAUGGCACCCUCUUUAGUGUCUGUCUGUUUAACAAGGAUUCCCAUGGGUUAUGUAAUACAUCUUUUUACAAAGGCAUGUUUCGUGCUGUUCCAGUUAUUUAAUUUAAACUAUAUGUCUGUGCAUUUAAAAUCUUUGUAUGGAUGUCCUUUAUACACAAUGUUGUAACAAAUGAUGUCUGUUCCAUGCAUUCUAUGUUGCCUCUGUUUUCCUUUAUAUCCACUCAAUUAAAAAAAAAACUUGAUUGACAAAAAAGAAAAAGUUGACAACCCUGGUAUAGUAAAUCAUGCAUUACAUGGUCAAUUUUUUGAGGAGACUUUUAAGGAACACUCCAAACAGAUAAAGCACUUCAGCUUCCUGAAAACAUUUCGGUUGGAAGAAUGUGUUCAUUUUUCAUUUUAGAUAAGUGCCAAUUGUAACAGAAUUUGGCACUUUUAUAAAUGAACUCUGUUACACAUACCUGUUAAUCAUACACACUGGAACCAAGGUUUCCCAUUGAGAAACGUCUGAUGGGGAAUUCAAAUGAAGGCAAUGGAUUGCACGAGCCUCCGAUACUAGAUCUGCAGCUAUUGCUAGCUAAGGUUUCACAUACUGUCAAUGAAAAUAUGCAAAAAGUAUUUCUCUUUGGUAGUAUGUCUGCUAAAUUGUUAUUAAUUUUAACUUUUAUGGAGUGUUUCCUUAAGUUUUUAAAAGCUGAAAAAAGGAAAAAUAAACUGUGACAAUGUUGAUUAAAUAUGUUCUGCAUGAAAUGUUAUUCCAUUUUAUAGAAAAGCCAUGAUUGUUAAUAUUAGUAUUGCAGAUAUGUGUAAACAUUAUUUCCAGUAUUGAUGGCUAGUCUUUAGUUUUGCUGAAAAUCAUGGGAAAUGUAAUCUAUGGAAUUUAAGAAUGACAGAGUUAGACAUUAUUGAUACAGAACCAUUCUAUAUAUAACAUCUUACAUAAUAUUUUUCCCAAACUAGAUCUGUGUGGGCAGCCUGCUGAGUAACAUCUCUCUGAUGUUAUUUAUUUUGUAGAUGUCGAGAGCUAUAAUGCUGCCGUGGAUUGGUGGACAUUUGAAGUAAUUAUUUUCAAGAUGGCCAGAGGAACGUCUCCGUUUUAUCAUGACAACUGA